AUGGCUGACCAGGUAAGGCGACCCAUAUUUUAACCUCCAUUGAAGCCACUUCGUGCGCUCUGCCAAAUAAUACUACACGCGCGCGUCAGGUAGCCUGGACUACACACACACACACACACACACACACACACACACACACACACACACACACACACACACACACACACACACACACACACACACUGUGCUGUAUGAAGACAAUAGCAGGAGAUGUAAUCUUUGUUUUUGUGCAGCAUACUUUGGCUUCCCUCCGUCACACUGUCUCAUUCAGGGGGAAUUCAGGUCAGAAUUUAGGGCAUAUUUUUAUCUUAGCUCCCGGAACAUUAAAUUUUGAAGAGACAGCGUGUCUGAGCCAUUCAGCAUUGACUCCUCUGUAACCUUUAUGUGCCUCACAGAAGCUAUUUUUACGCCUUACAUAUUGGAUCUUCUGUCAUAGUUGUAAGAUGGCUUAGUGACUAUAUCUGUAAUAUAUUAGCCAGGGUUACAGUUCUUAAAGGAUCCAUCGAUCUGUCCCUCCGCAGGUGGACUAUCUCAGUCCUCGUGGACUAUUUUAUCGAUCCUCUGUAAUGAAAUGAGGAGUUUAUAGUAAGCAUGUUUAGGAAGAAUUUAAAGUGCUUCAAACAGAAGUAAGCCGCAGAAGGAAGAAGCGCAGCAGGCAUUGGGCUGUAAGGAGAGGAGAAUAAAAACACUGCCUGUAGUAUUAAUUUUGUAUUGUGCACUGUUGUUUGCCCUAGUUUUUCUCGACAGCUGAGCAAAAGAAGCAGAUUAACCCCUGACAAGCCGGCUCAGCCCCUGGUCACAGUUUCCUGUCUCUGCAUGUACAACUCCCCUGAGCGCAGCUAACUGUAAAGGCCAUGCUUAAUUGAUUAGUUGGUUCAAUUAACCUAAUUAAAAUACCUCAGCGAGCCUGGGUGAAUGAUGUAUGCUGGUGCGAGUGUGUCAGCAGCUAUUACCAGGUCACUAGCAGCCACACCUCAGCUGCUACCGUGAGAUGAAAUAUGAUAAUGAUCUACCACAUGGUCCGAUAUAAUAUUUCUUCAUUUAAAAAUGUGCUACUUUAUUUAAACCCACAUCACACUGUUUUAUUUUCAACUUCCCCAAAUCUGUGCCAAACUGUACAUCACUUCACUAUUUCAUAUGAUUCUGUGGUACACUGUGCUGCACUGCAGCAGACUACAGUAUCUUUCAUGUAUAUUAUCUGUAGCUGCUUAGGCUAUAUAAUGCCCGACUAUGUCUAUGUAUAACUGUCGUACUGGUAAACACACUAAACGCUUUACUGUAUUCCACACAGCAACGUAUAACACAACUCUAAACAGAUGUUUUACUUCUGUACUGUACAUGAAUAGAUAGAUAGAUAGAUAGAUAGAUAGAUAGAUAGAUACUUUAUUAAUCCCAGAGGGAAAUUCAACAUUACUAUUCAAUACUGUACAUACUAUACUACACUAUACAUUUCUAUACCAUAGUGUUCUAUAUGCUGUACUGUACUUUAGAAUGCUAUACCAUUUUAUACUAUACUAUACUAUACUAUACUAUACUAUACUAUACUAUACUAUACCAUUAUCUAUAUUCACUGUAUCACAAUUUACUUCACCAGACUUGGUUUGGCUACAUAGUUGAAUAUUAGCAUUCAGAAUGCAGUGUACCAUAUUUAUACUGUGUUUUAUAAAUGAACAAGAUUUCAAUAUAUUCUUUUGAAAAAUUAACUGCACAUAGCUUUAUUCAACGUCACCAUUCUCCAGUCUUCUGUGCAGUAUACCUCUGAUGAAAACUCAUUUCUUGCUGGCUAAGUUGUUUAAGAAUGAAAUAUUGAGACAAUCCCAAGCUUUUUAUACAGGACUAUAAGGAUACUACAAAAGUCUACACUUAUAAAACAAUACAGACUUAUGUGUGCUUGUCAAAGUGCUCUGUGAUAAACCCUCACUGUGUGAAGUUUACUGAAUCAAUUUUAUUCAACACUGUACCAGUGCAUGCUGCUAAUUCAGCUCUUUGCUUUAGGGUAGACUCUCUGCUGUGAUGAUGCUAAAUUGGACCACAUUGUACUCUAAUGUGUUGAUGUUAUUGUGUCUCUGCUAUUUAAUUAAGCAUCAAUGCUCUCCUUAGAAUUAUACAGGAAGAGACCAGGCCACACAGACACCUAGGGGUGCGGCUGGAGCUGUAUUAAUUGCUGCAUUAAUAUUGAUGAGGGUAGUGCAUGGCUGACCCGCUGUGGCUGCAUGCCCACACACCAUUAUGCAAAUGAGCGUUCACUAACUCACCCAAAACACACUUUUCGUAGCCUAACUAUUGUUCAGAAGAGAGUCCCUAACUGCUCUCUACAUUUCAUAUCUCCAGGGAUAGAGAUCAGGACUUUUUGUUGACCUAUUUUCAGGUGAAUUCCUGCUCAGUGAGCACAUUGCACAGUUUAGAUUCACCUGACCACAUUUAUGGCCUUAUUAUACUCUACUGCAGCACACACACACACACACACACACACACACACAUGCGCGCGCAAGCACACAUGCACACAUGCACACACCAUCUCUCCCUGCUUCUCUUCUAGGUUUCCCUUCGACAUGCUGUGUGUCUUCAUCAGUGUCAGUUUUUCACACUGCCUCAUGUCUGUCUCACCUCCACUGAUAUCACCCCCUAUUCUUUGCACACUUACAUACACACAGUGGAAACGCCCCUCCCCCCUCAGUGAUAACAUUUACAGUGAAGUCCUUAUUACAGGUAGAUAUGCAGCCUGCUUAACAGACUAAUGUAUCUGGCUUAGUGGCUCAUUUACCCCUUAACUCAUGUUUUUGUUGUUGUUUUUUUGUUUCCUUCAUCGAUUUCUUUACAGUAUAGCAUGUUUCUGACCACGGCGCCCCCUCUACGGCGUGGCAGCACACCCUUGCCCGUCAAACACCAACUGCGGAGAGAAGAAGCAGUGUCCGAUGACUGCGAUUGGAUUCCAGGCCUGGAGGAACCUGCCACGUUGCCUAUCAGUGACACAGGGGUGCCUCGGGACGAGUCCUUUAGCCAGUCAGCAGCCGCACAGUCUUCUUACCACAGCCACGGCGGGGCAUUAAGGAUAGUCCUACUGGGGCAGAAUGGUGUGGGGAAGUCGUCGCUGGCCUUAUCUCUGGCCGGGCAGUCGGACAGAUCCCUCUCUAUAGACUCUGAGACACAAGCAUGUGGUAAACACUUGGAUAUUGAUGGUUUGUGUGUUUUUAUGUGCAUGGGCGUCAGUGUAAAACAUUGGAAGUAGGCUGAUCAGGUUCCAACUCAUCAAAUUGGAGAGUACUUUUCUUGAGGACAAUGUGGGACAAUGUAAUGUCCAUUAUAUUGUCCACAGGAGUUAACAGGUUGAUUUGGUCUCACACACUAUGCAGGUUAGGCAUGAAGCUGCAGUUUCACUGUUCUUAUGUAAAGCUGCUGAUUUUUUUAUACAAUCUCUUUGUCUUUAAAUUUCUUGAAAAUGACAGGAGCUGGCCUGUAUGAUUGGAAAGGCUGCUCGGUGUAAUCAUCGUUCACUGUUUCAGCUGCUGUUACCUUAUCUGUUUGGCAAUCCUCUUUCAAUUUCAGUCAGAAUGUACCCAUAGAUCAACAUUUCUCAUUAUAAGCCCAGCAUUUCUUGUGUCUUUCACGUAGUGUGUCAUAUCAAGCCAUAUACUCGUCCUUGUGCUAUUUGAAAAACUGCUCUUGAUAAUGUACCAAAACCUUUUAUAGGGAUUAUCCUCCACUUAUCUCACAGAAGAGGAAAUACUUUUCCAGACUUUGUCAAACUUAUUAAGAGAACUUAACCAGUUUAGCUUGACCUGUAGAAAAACCUCAUUAAGAUAUUUUUAAAUGCUUUAUGGAAGAAAAAAAUGUAGAUUUGUUUCCACCAACCGGUCUAUAGGUUCAAACUUCAUGUAUGUGCCAUUUUUAACCUACUCUGUGAACAAAGCAGCACAUCUCAUCUCUGUCUUUAUCUUGUCAUCUAUACGCACAUGUAGAAUCAACUGAAGAAAAAUAUCAUCACAGGCAGUUCUGGUCGGUUUGCUAUGAAAGGUGUUGUUUUAUUUACAUUAAUAGCAGAGCCAACAGGCAUCAAAAGUAGCUGAAAGGACGUCUUAAAAAAUAAUUUAACAGCCUUAUUGUUACAGUUGACUUCUUAAACGUUACUCUCCUUAUUCUCAUUCUUGGCCUCAAAACUCCCAUUCCCUUUAGAUCAUCUGACUAAUUUUUGCCUCUUUGCGGUGUAUCUUCUAUUUUUGCCAAUUUCCCUUUCAAAAAACAGCAUCAACCAUAGUUUACCGCUGCCUUUGGGAGCCAUUGCACAGUCUAUCUGUAGGUCCAUUUUCCUGUUGUAUAUCUCAGUGCAACUCAGAGGACAAAGAGUUCUUGUCCGAUCUUCCACCCAGCCAAUCGAUACGUCAGUGUCACUGAGAGGUUUGAGAGUUCAAGCUCAGAGCUGAUGUGCCCCUGACUCACGACAUGAAGUAUUCAUCAGUGCUCAUGUAGUACCCUCAGAUUCAUGCAUCAUAAAAAGCACUUUCAUCAAAGAAGCUGGGACAUGUUUCCAAGACUGCGCUCUUGACUUCAUCUCAGGUUUUAACAAUGUGCUAAAAUAUUCCUCUCGCUACACAUCAAAAGAAUAGUGUCAAAAAACACUAAUCAACACCUACUUAAUUAUCACUUGUAAGAUAGUUUUGAACAGAUGCUCCGGCACUACAUUAGCUCUGUAAGCAGUACACCAAUCAAUACGUGUCCUCACCAAGUAAUUACCUGUUAAAGACAGCGCUGAUUAACACCUGGAGGUUUACUCAUACCUUAAAAUAGAUGUGCCAUUCAUCAGGGAAGAUUUUACCAGGCUUUUUCAAGAGCUGAUACAAACUUCUUAGAAGGCAUUUUCUGAUUCAGUUCACGGCUAAUAGUGCAGCCAUUUGGUCAACAAGCUUUUUUCGAUCUCACCUUUUUUUUUUCAGAACUACCAGAGUCAGUCAAUCAGGGAAAAGCAGUUUCUUGAAGAAAUCUCUGAAGUUUAAACUUCACUUUUAAUAAUGAUAUAAUUCUAUGAAGUACAUUGUUUAUUUUUAUUUUUCAAGGUGCUUGACUAAAAAGGCUAAUCAGGGUUUAUAUAGUGUGGAGUUAAUCUAAAAUAGUUUUAAAUGAUCACUCAUGUCCAGUGAUCCCAGGUUAAUGCAACAGCGUUUUUAGGAGUUCCAUUUCAGUUGAUGCCCUGAUACAGGUCCUGUAUGCGUGGAAGUAUUGUUAUCCACAAUGAUAAGGCAUUGACAAUCUGAGGACAUCCUCUCGACCUGAGUCUUUAACAGCAUUGUGACUUACUACAAUUGCUGUAGCCAUCUUAACUGAUUUAGUUUCACCCACUGGUCUGGGGUGAUUCACACACUUCAGACGAAAGCUUUAAUGACACUGUUGCCUACUGACAUCAAUCUAAUUAGCUGCACCUGUGUGCCUAUGUAGCUCGUUAGGAAGUAGCUUAAACUUUAUGUACUUUGGCAAUACUUUAAAUUCAGUUUGACUCAAAGUAAACCUUACUUUUUACUUGUAAAAUGGGUGGUUUUGGGAAAUUCUAAAGUACACGAGUCAAAAGUGCAGUUUUGUUAAUUUAUGUAGCAGCAGCAGCAGCAGGAGCAGAGUGGUUAAACCACAGUAUGACCAAAGGGAACAAAAAAGUACAAGAUGAAAACUUAAAUAACUUGUUAAAUUCAGCCCUGAAUAAAAUGUGUGAUUAUGCAUUUUUCACUCACAGCCCUCAUAAAAACCUCCAAAACAUGUUUUUCUGGUACAAUGAUUCUCUGAGUGACAUUUCCUUUGCUACAAUUGUCAUGGGUCUUAUAGAUGAUCUGAAAUCAAAUCAACAUGUUUGGUCCAGUUUCCUUGAUAUUUCAAAAAAUGCUCACAAAUUAUCUGGCAGAUAAAGUCUGCUACUAAUGUUUUUUUUUUUUUAAACAAGGAAAUUUUGCUGUAAAUCAAAACGCCCACUUGUUUCAGGAUCAUAUGAAUGAUAUCUGCAUUCAUUUGCAUCUUUAAUUUGAGAGGAACUUGCUUUGGGCUGCAUAUAAAAAAAAUAAAAAAAACCCCACUGUAAAACAUUUCUACUUGAACAUGCCUGUUUUCCACAUAGGAACUAUGGAUAAAAAAAAACAGCCUAUUUUAUCCUUUUAGUAAAAAUAUAUGAAUGUUUCUACAUAAAAAAUACUGAUCAAACAUCUAAAGUUUGUUGCAGGAACAUUUUUCAAAUAUGCCAAAAGGCCACAUGACCCAAUUUAAGCAGCUUCAAGAAACUGAUGAGAGUUUUGUAGAGUAGGCCGAGAACAUUAAUAAAACCCAGAUUGAUUCGUCAACUUUUUCAGGCAGCAGUUAAACCGCUGACAUUUAGUUAAUAGUGCAAUUCUCUCAGACUCAACGCUGCUUACCGACACAUCUUUUUGUCGCUCUCAGUAUUGAAUAUCAUCAUUAGACACAGUGUGUUGUUGUGUUUUUCAUCCCCCUCUGUGUGCUGAAGUGUGUAACCCUGGUGUCUGCCCGCAGGUGAAGGCUACGAGUGUAAUGUGACAGUCGACGAUGAGGACAGCAAACUCAUCGUUUACGACAACUGGAAACAAGUGAGUAACAGAUUGUCAGCUUCGAUUUUCACUCACUUUGUCUUGUUUAUCUUGGCCAGAUUUGACACACUUCUUUUUUUUCUGUUUAACUUUCCCUGGUUUGGACUUUCUUUGCCUGCACUGAAGAAAAUGGGAAAAACCAUUUGUUCAAUUACUUUGAUGGGCAAAUUAUUUGAGUGCGCUGGAGUGGACAGAAAGUGUACUUUGCCUUUUUUGAGUCUUUGAGUGUGUGUUUGUGUAUGUGUGUGUGUCCAUGUGCUGCACUGAGCUGAAACUCAUGCUACAGCAGCUGUGCUCACACAACUUUUUGGGAUUCUUUCAUCCAGAAAAGUGGAAAUCAGUCUCUUGUUAACCUCGAUUCAACACAAACUGGAGUUAAAGGAAACAUUUCAGAGAGAGCUUAAAUUGCUGUGGCUAUGGACCAUCGAGCUCAGAUGAGUUAAAAGGACCCUCGGAUGACGAUGUUGGAGCUGAAGACUUAUCCUGCUGAAAUAACAGCUUGUCCAUGUGACACUGAGCUCAUUAUGCAAAAAUUACAAAAGCAUGCAGUCAUUAAUGCUCGAUAAUAACGUGAUGGAGCAGGAGAGGACUCUAAUUAGUACGAGGGGCGGAUCAUCCCUGAUGCAUCUUAUUCCAGAUGUCCACUCGGCCCUCUGGGGCUCUCCCCUUAAGGUUAAAUUAUUCACACACACAGCUACAUUUAGCUCUUGGGAAUUCCAGCGAGAGCCGGUUCAUUUCUUCACCUCUUCAUCUCUUUCUGUUUGCUCUCUCAACCUCCAAAAUCCUCCUUCCAGUGACCGUCCUCAUCCCAAAAUCACCAAGUCCAUCCUUCCUAUGCUGCUUACCCGCCUCAGUCCACUGGCCUUUUUCUGCAAUGUUCAAAAUCUGGCUGUGAGUUAAUUACAUUUGUUAUUCUGUGCGUGUUAAUACUAGGCAGGGCAUUAAGGCUGCAGCAACAGACGUAGGCCAGCGGGAGGCUUGGAAUAACUCCAGGGCCGUUAGCAGUGGGGGGAGGCAGAGAGGACUGGACAGAAUCCCAAAUUAUCCGCCAAAUUAUGCUCAUGUUUUUCUGCUUUUUUGGAGCUAAUGCUCACGGAUAAAAGACACACACUGAUACAAAACUCACACAGUCUGAUGAGCACGCAGAUGUUGUCCAGCUGCUGAACGCGUGUCGUGGCCUUAAACUGGCACAGCAUUAAGCGUUGGUCUCAGGAGACUUCUGGCCUCGAUGUGAGAGAACAGUGUUCUCAAUGGGGCACACCGACCUAGUCCUAAAGUUACCAUAGCAACAUGGAAAGUUACACACACACAUAUACACUCUCACAUACCCACAUUCAAGGCUGACUUAAUCACUCAUUUACUCACGCAUAAGAUCAUGCUAGAACAGUCAGCAUCUGACGCUGUUGGCUGUCGGGCUUUGUGCGCUUUCUGGCCGCCCCGCUCAGCGCCUCGUCAUCCCUCUGCAAUGCAAACUGCCAAAAAAGAUGAAAAACUGUUACAGGCACAUUCAGCAAUUGUUCCUUGAAGUGCUUUCUUGGCUCGACUCACAGCCGAUUGACACAUGAAGGUUUGGCUGGAGCAGUAAUUUUCUAAAAUGAGGUUUCAGAGAGCAGAGGGCACAACAAACAGCAAGAAGAGCUCACUGUAAAGUGCAGGAGCAUAAAAAUAUAUAAAUCCACUGUGCUGUGAGAUGAAUGUGUGUGUUUCUGCAAACACCGCUCAAGCACAGAAGGCUGAGAGUCUGCUCAGACAGACGCUGGGAAGUUGUGAGUGUUGUUGAUGUCACGAGGGUUGGACGGUUUUAAAUAAGUCAUUGGUGUGCUGAAAAUAGAAACACUGGCACACUUGGCCUUGACCUAGUAUGCCUGUUCUGUCCUUCGCCUGUAGACUGACUUUGGUUAGGUAAUAUAUCUCUCAAACAACUAGACUGUGUGUGUAGAAAGGACAAUGAGAUUAAGGUCGCUAAGGACUAGAGGGCCUUUUCACCUUUUUUCUCCAAUUGCUUGUCCAUGUGCAUCUGCCAACAAAUUCAUAUGCACCCAGUUUCAUCUUUAUUUCAUGGCUUGAAAUUAAAAUAUUUAUCAAAGACAACCAAAAGGUGCAGCCUCAGGCUCCACAAUGUAGGCCAAUUAUGUAUAUGUGUAUUUAUCAUCCAUCAGUAAGAUGUACUUGCUGCUGCUGCCUCAGAGGACAGGAUCAUUUGUUAUGUGUAAGUAAAUUUUGGGGAUUUACACAGGGAAACAAGCCCAGCAUGUAAUUUGGAGGAAGAUAAUCACUGCUUGACCAAAUUCUUCAGCUCAAUUAAGGGGAAAGGAAAACACUGUUCCACCAUCCGCUCCUCAGUAAAGAGAGAUUUUGGUGAAGUGUGCAGGGAGCUCUUUCCCAGGACAUUUCUCUCCUAUUUUGCAGCCUUAUGAGAGCCGUUCUGGACUAUUUACAGCUUCUCAUUUCUGGCUCUGGUCCACAGCAGCUAUUAUACUUUAACAGUCUGUUGGUUUUCAUCUCAGCUGGGAGUCACUUUUCUGUUCAUUUUCAUAAACCGCUUAGUGUGAACACAGCCACACCUGCUAAAAAGCUGAAUUUAUCCAACAUCCUCUCACAUGAUAUUCUUUUUUUUGUUAAACUUUUACGGAAUCUAAUACUUCUCAUAACAAAGACAUCGAUUCUGUAUAUAGGGAUGUCCCGAUACAAUAUUGAUACAGGAUAUCUGUCUGAUAUCAGCAAAAUAAAUAUAAAUAUAAUAAAAUCGAAUAUUGGAUUAUAUCAGCCUGUAUUUGAAAUCUCCGAUAUCAGCACUUCGAUAUAAGCAGUCCAUUCCAGACUCCACUCCGGCACCUCUAUCUAGCAGCGCCUUGAUCCAGUAAACUGAGCACAUAAAGUCACAACAACAGUAUUUACAAGGGUACUAAUAAAGUAGCAAGGAGUAAGAGUGAUUUUGGCCAGUAUUUUUUGUUUAAGCCCGAAAAAGUCAUUGCAGCUUGGUGAAAAACUUGUCAUGCACAAUUUCGUGUCAAUAUCAGAUCAAUAUCAGUAUCAGUCAAUAUUGAAGGCUAUAUUGGUAUUGUAUCGGAAGUCAAAAAGUUGUGUCAGGACACCCCUAAGUGUAUAUGAACUAUUUGCAUGUUGCUAGAUGUUAAAAGAAAACCCUGUAAUCAUGGGCAGACAUGUUAAAAAGUACAAUUAGCUAUCACCAGCUAUACACAAGCUAACUUAGAAAAAAAAAAUGAAGAUCACAGGGACCUAAAAACUCCAGCUUUACAAUGUUUCAGUCACUUGAUGUCUUAGGGGUAGUAUUGUGAACUUUUUAGUCCCAAAAAGAGACAGAAUAUUCUGUUAGGAGGUCAGUAGCACAGCGAGACCGAUGAAUGAAAGAAGUACAUAAACAAGAAACAUGUAUUUGAUGGCUUCGCUGUGGGGCAAAACCUUGUGCCUCUACAUUUCAUCAUGAGCAUGAAUCAAUGCUUUUGAUUUCUUUUUGUGCCUGUAAGUCUUCUAUUAUUCACCUGAUGGAACAAAAUGUGAAAAGGCUUGUGAUUGAAUCUACUGCGAUGUUUAGUCAUGUCAAAAACACAAAGUUUCUGCCCAAAUGGUCAUGAUAUCUGGUUUUGCUAAAACUGUAAUUUUGUCAAUUUAUAUCAACUCAUUUCAACUUUUACAGAGAGAGACUCUUAAUCUGAAUAAAUUACAUCAUAGAAAUCCACCUUUGAAUCAUUUUAGAUACUUAUAUUACAGAAAGUGAAUGAAAAAUGACCAAAAGUUUUACUUUCUGUUGUUGUAUUACACAUAGACAAAAUCAAUACAUGGAAAUACAUUCGUGCAUACUUAUUUGUUACUCUUACUGAUCUCUGGUAGACCCUGGACACUGCUUUAAGAACGACUCCAACAAUAUAGUAUGCUAAAUGAUAAGAAAAUCUUUGGUUGCGGCCUUGCAACAAAAAUCACAAUCAAAAAAAUGAAUCACUCAUCAAACAAGUUAUUUUUCUGUGGAUAUUUCUUAGUGCUCUUAACAGUGUCAAGUGGCAAUAAUAAUAAUAAUUUUCUUGUGAUUGCUUUUCUGUGCUCGUUUAAGCUUCAGAUUCUUUUAUUCUUUGCCGGUUUACCCAUAAUUUAUUAACAUGAGUGCCUUAAAUUAUUCAAACAACACAACCCAACUACAAAGCCUUUUUUUUUUCUUCUUUAUCACAGGUUGUGUUCUUUUGAUGCUUUAGGUAUAUUCAGUAUAUCUCAAGCAGGCAUUGGCUAGAUGACUGGUGUUGCUAGACAGUCCAGCUUUUAUUGGACAUGAUUGGUCCACUUGCUGAGUCAGAUCUGAACCAGGAUUAGUGAAGAGUUGUCAAGCGAUUGUUGAGAAGUAUGGGGCAAACAAAUCUAGUUAGAAAGAUGGAUGUCCAGGCUAAUGUGGGGCAGUUGGCAGCCUUACUUCAGGGUAUAACCUUUACACACCCCACUUUUAACAUCCUGUCAAGAUUAUUUCUUAUCGCAGAGGAUUUUCUUUUUUUAAGCAGUGAUAUAAAUAACUGAGUAGUGCUUCGCUUUAUCUGGGGUGAUUCAGUCUGUAACAUUUGCUUAGUUAGCAUUACAAGCAAUCAGGAAACUGGUUCAGCAUUUCUUUCCUCCCUAUUUGCCUCCCACUAAAGAUGACCACUGCUGGGACACCAAAAUGUCCCAACAGUAAGCCGGUGUCCAACCAUUGUGUCUCUUUAAUUAGGACACAGCGGCAGAAGCCCUUGUGUGUUUCAGGGUUUCCAUCUCCUUACUGUGUUAGCCUACAUCACAUCACACUGUGGCAGCUAAGCCUCGCUGGGUCUGUGUCUAUUAGGAGGUUAGGAGGGGUGUAAAAAGCGCUGAAAAGUUGAUGUUGAAGAUGCUGCAUGAAUUUAAGUGUCGGGGCUUUGUUGUUUAAACAAAAGUAAACUAAACAGUAGACUGUAACAAAAUCAUUACAUUUAAGAAAAUACAUUAUUAUAGAUAUAAAAAACAAGUUAUCUCCAGACUUCCUCUCUCAUCACUCACACAGAUGUUCAGUAUGUGUUGGUGUUGCAGCUUGGUUGUUCUGUCUUGAUGUGAGCUAUGUCUGAAUUUUUUUAAUUGUUCACCACCAGCUGUGUGCACCUCGCCGGGUACAUCAGCCUGUAUUGAGCUCUGUAUCACCCACUUGCAAUACUACACAGUGAAGCUAGCACCACUAUCUAGUUUAAAAGGACACAGCCUAUACAAUUCCACCUUAAAUUUCCCAAUCAAAUUCUGCCAAAUUGUGAAAAUGCCCUCUGUCCUCUGUGUUUGUUUACAUUCAGGUAGUAGAGCAUUAGCAGUAGAAAUUUGGAAAUAGCCUCUUACCACAGCUACAGUUCAUGGUGGUUGACAGCUUCAACACUAUGUAUGACCCACAUUUUGGAUCUAUAACAAUAAAAAAUGGUAACUUGUUUGAUUGACUAGUAGUGAGGGUGGUAACUGGGACACAUGAAAAAUUAUUACAGGCCGUAUUUGAAAAGCAGUGUGAAUAGCCAAAUAGAAAGAUACAGUUUUAGGAAUAAAUCCAAAUUGCAUUGAGGGUUUUUUGUGUGUCAAUGUAUUUUACCUGACUGUUCACAGAAUAUCAGGUUAACAGUGUUAAAAAUCUGUCCAUGCUUGUGCCAUACGUGGUCUCAUUUUAUCUUUAGCUAUGAGGAGACCACAGGGAAUGUAUAGAACAGCAUCCUGGACCCUGCAGGAAUCCUGAGACUGUUAAUAGACACCUCAGCAGAGCAGGGACCACAUGCAGACAUAUUAAAGCUUGAACCCCUCCUCCCACCUGUGUGUUUGUAAUUGUGUGCAUGUGGAGGAGGUUGUCCAUGGUUGGUAAUAAUCUGAGUGUAGCACUAUCAGCAUGUUGUGAUGUCAGCUACAUGAUGUGAUGAGGUGGCCAUUCAUGGUCAUCACUGCUCCACUUUUGCAGUGAUCAUGUGUGUGUUUGUGUUAGCCCCUCUGCAUGUGUGUGUGUGUGUGUGUGUGUGUGUGUGUCCUACUCAGCCAGAUGGCCUCUUUAAUACUUUUCUGUAGGGCAGCAUUGUCUCCAUGCGGCAGAAAGUAAGUGCGAGAAAAGAGCAAACCCACUGAUUCAGCAUUCACACUAAGCUUCAUCAUCCAAUUAUCAGAUUUUGACUGAGCUUUCAGACAAGAUGCCUUCCUAUCUCCUUGCUUUGCCUCUGCCCUUUCCUGUUCUCCCUCCCAUCCUCUUUUAUUUAUGUCAUUCCUUCAUUCAUCACCUCUGCUCCUUUAUCGAUCUUCCCGCUCUUCAUUCUGCUCCCAGACAUUCACAGAGUCUGUGUGUAAAGUUUGCUCCUGUAUUGCAAAAUGACAGCAUGAGUGUGUGUGUGUUUGAUGUGUGUGCAGGUAGAUGGAGGGCCAUUUGACCUUUUGUUCCCAUGCAAAGACUGUAAGCUGCUUUACUAAUGUUUCUUGUUCUGCAAUACAAAAGACUUUAAUAGAUGAAAAGAGUUUAGGGAGCAUGUUGUAUAAUGACGGAUCCAUGCACACAUGCUCACACAUGCUUGUAAUCUGCAGCCCAGAGUUGUAUUUACUGCCUUUUUUCACAACUGGAGGGAAUAAUAGUUUGAGUGCUCGCACAGCCGCAGCGUGUUAUGCAAAUUGUGUCUGAUAAGUGAUUCAUUGCCCUCACUCUUAAUGGCUUCUGAUGUAGUGUCUAACUCUCUCAGGCUAGUGUGUGUGUGUGUGUGUGUGUGUGUGUGUGUUUUGAGUAUGCGUGUAUGAGGAAUAUUGUUUCUGUAUGAAUCAAAGGCUCUUGAAAACUAUGAAUAUUUAUUUAGAGGUUGUUUCAGUCUAAUGCUUUGUUUAAGAUUUUUUUUUUUCUGCCACAACAAAAGUUCAGCUUCAUCUUCUCGUCUGCUGUCAUAGAGAAAGUCAAAGCUUUAUGUUGUGCUGAUAAACACCACGAUCCCUUUGAGAUUUGGUUGGAUCUAUUUUUCUUAUCUACAUCUGCAGCAGAAACAGGAAGAUGCAGGGUAAUCCAGUUUUUGAAAGCCUGUUUUUAUUUGUAGAAGAGAAGCGUUUCUGACUCUAAGCCUCCUUAUAAUUGCAAAUUGAAUUUAUUGUGCAGUCUGAAGGACUAAAAAAGCCCAUUUGAACUAUGUGUGAACAGAAUAUGCAGCAGAAUGAUAAGAUGGACUUGAUUUGUCAGCUCAUAGCUGUUUAAAACUUGCUAUAGACAUUGGAAAAGAAUACAUUUGAGGACACAGUUACUCUGAUCCUUGAAAGAAAUUGUUUAUAUUGAUGGCAGGGAGGGAUAGGGUCACCAAUGGGCAGCCUAAUUGAAGAGAGGGUGCUCAACAUCGACUCACAUCCUUGACAAGUCAGGACAGUUUGACCUGUGAGUCGAGUAUCUGUCUGUCACUAUGACUUCCUAUAGCCCUCCUAUAGCCUUCCUAUCCAUCAAAAAAAGUCUCUAUUCACUACAGGUCUGCCUCUUGCUGCACUCAAAUAACAAACUCAGGGCAAGGUACGUUAACAUACAGGGGAAUAAAUAGCUGGGAGGUGAUAUACAGCAAAAAGGGGAUGAGUAGAAGUUGAAAUUGUGACAAGAACCAAGCCACUGUACAUUUUGUGCACUCUUUUAUUGCAAAGCCAAAGCUGACCAACCAUUAUAAGGAUGUUUCCUUCAGGAUGUAGUCAGCAGGAUGUCUUCCUUACAGCACGUAGCUGACGAAAUACUGACAGCUGGAGAUAGGACUGCACAAUUAAUCGAUUUGAAAUGGUAAUCGGAUUAUUUGAUUAUGAUGAUGUUAAAAAAAAUUUAAAUCGUCAAAUCGAUUUUCCUCUCUAUUAUGUCUUGCGCCUUCAGGCCACCAUAGGCUCCCCAGUUCCCACACAAACCAGUGUAAACAAACAUGGCGUUUGCAAAAGAAGGUGAUAAUUUCAUGGCUAACUAGGUCAAGAGCAAGUCAGUCGUGUGGAACUGGUAUGACUUAGCAGUUUUGGAUGAAGAGCAAACCUCUUCCCUCUGCAAACUCUGUCUGAAGGCGGUAUCAACCCGUCCACACGGAAACAAAGUCAGGAGUAAAUGCCCAAGUUUUUUGUCGUAUCAGCAUUCAUUCCACACAGAAACGUCAUUUUGGGUGAUUGUAAAAGGGUCGGAGAGUGCUUAAAUCCAUAAAUGACUACCAUUUCAUCUCUGUGUAGAUGCCUAUCUGCAUCUCUGGAAAUAAUCAUGUCACACACAGCGUAACUGUGUUAUGGCGCCUGCAUGUGUCUGGCCAAAACAACCUUUAUACGCAUGCUCCGUUCUCUUUUACUGUAUUUAGUGCAUUUUCUCGGCAGCGCUACAGCGCCACUUACUGGCUUGACAUAUGUACAACAUCGUUUUGCGUGGUUUCGUUUGGAGACAUGACAUAAACCUUUUUAUUUUUUAAGUGAAGUUUGGUGAAGUUGUCUCUGACUAAGAAAUUCAAAUCGAGUUUUUAGCUAAAAAUUGAUUUUUUUUUUAAAAAUCCAUUGCACAUAGACACUCAGAUGGAGCACAUUUUAGCGUUUUGAUAUGAACAGUUUAGCUUUGGCCUUAUGAGAAAUUUUCCAAAUGCAGACUCUGGUGUCGUCAUUCUUUGGCAGCAGACUGUGGCAGUAUUAGGACUGCACACGGAGAUGCAAUCCAAAUAAAACCCCAGUGUGUUCCCCGAGUUCAGGGGAAAUUGUCUCUUAAGCUCAAUGACUUCUUUAUACAGAUGAUGCAUAUCAUUUUUCUGAAGGCACAGUUGUCUGAAUGUAUUGAGAUAGCAUUUGGAUAUUAUUGUGGAUUACUGUUGAAGUGGGUUUGGCUUUUGUGUUUGUGUAUUUGUCCAUGUGAAUGAGUAUGUUUGAGUGUGUGUGUGUGUGUGUGUGUGUGUGUGUGUGUGUGUGUGUGUGUGUGUGUGUGUGUGUGUGUGUGCGUGCGUGUGUGUGUGUAUAGUGGGGGGUAGGUAUUGACAGAUGGCCUGCUCUCCGAGGACAGAGAGGAGCUGCUUAAUCUAGAAAAGGAGGGAGAGAGAGACAGAGAGAGGGGAAGAGAACGAGAGAAAGAGAUCGAGAGAGAGAGAGAGAUCUUUGUCCUGAGUUGCUCUGCCUCUGCUUGAUGGAUGAAUACUUACCAGGUCACAGUUUUCCUCCAGCAGCACUCCAUCACCAUCCUAAUCGAUACCCACUCUGUGUUUGUACUCUUUAGCUUACAAAGACUGGUCUCUCUCUAUUUCUCUUCCUCUCCCUCUGUCUGUCUGGUGGCUUCCGUUCUUCCUCCUCAUCCCUGAAUCAGACAGUGACAGGUGGCCGAGCCGGCUUCCACGCCAAUGCUCUCCCUGCUCGCUGUCUGUUCCUGCUCUCCGUCAAACAGACACGGUGCCAAGGGGCUUCCCGUGAAUUUCCUGCUCCGGGUUCUGAUCCGAUACUACUUGGCUGUGUGGGACAGUGUGAAUUUUUCAGGCGUCUGAAUCCCUCAGGAGGGCAGGAAGUUGCCCCCAGGGUUUGUGGAUGUAGGGCAAGGGCAUCCGUGAACUCGCACAUACACACAGAUGCACAUAAAUGCAGUCUAAAGCUGGCAGCAGAUUAGGUUAUCAAGAGGGAAUAACACGUUUUCGUAUUGAUUCAGUCACUGGUGCUUCCAGCUUUAGAACUCUAUUUCCAGUUCAAAUACAAGUAGAUUGUGUUUGUUUUCCUAUAAAUUGCAGUUUUUAAAAAUAACAGCUCAGAAAAUCAUUGAUUUAAGCUUAAACCAGCACUCAGAUUUUAUUUUAUCAUUUCUCUGCAAGCAUGUUUACAGUUCAGCCAAGUGAACAGCCUCCCAGCUCAACACUGAAACGUAAACAGUGAACAGAAAUAAAUUGUUGACUCAGUUGUAAUAUCUCAGAUUUCAUUUGAACGCACAGGCUGUGCUCCACUACAUGAAACUCAGCAGGAUAUAAAACAAUUUCUCUACUCUUCUUUAAGCAUGUCAAUGUUUUUUAUCGAUACAGACCACUGUUUGUCUGGCCUCAGAUUUCUGUCUUUAGGAGAAAAUAGUUUGUAUUGAUUGUGUUUUUUCAACUUAGGGUGAAAUGUCUCUUGGUUUAACCUCUUCAUUCCCACAGCUGCCUCAAAUCUAAGGGGGUACAAUGAAUAUGUCCAUAGAUAUUGAAGCUUCCAUUUUGGAUAAAGUUCUUCACACAAAGAGUCAAUUUUUUUUUUUGAUGAGUUUUUUUUAAAUUUUAUCUGUUAUCCAUUAAAACUGUCAUCUACAGGACUCUUACACACUGAUUCUGAUUCCAUCCGAUUUGGCCUCUCCUAGCUGGUGAUGUAUACAGAAAAAGUCAGAGAUAUCCUUCUUUCUCAUGUCUUAUCAUGUGCAUGUGUUGCCAGCAAUUUUGCAGAGAAUCAAGGGCAUACACAAACUCACAACUCAGGUAUGACAGUGUUGCACUCUGUAGACCUAUUACUAAAAAAAAAAAAAAAAAAAAAAAAAAACAUGGUGUAGCUCUUUUUAUUAGUUCUAUUAUCCAAAGCUGUUACAUUUAUAAUACCUUUGAAAAAAGACAUAUUGGUUUUGAAAAAAAAAACAGCUUAAGUGCUGUCUCGUGGACAGAUAGCAGUCUACAGCUCUAGGUUCUACGGUACUAGGUAAAAAGCUGUUUAAUUUGGAAAUGGUGUGCCUCAGGGUCCCUUCUUUUGUCCUCUUUGCUUUACUCUUUAUAUAAAUGAUACUGCAUCAGCUGUUUUUGGUUUCACUUCUAUGCCGAUUACAUAUUUUUGUGCUGCUGCUAAUGUACAGUCUAGUGUGCCUUAUCUUCAGUGCUGUGUCUCUGAGUAAGAUGUACUGCUCACCAAAAGUAGGUUAGUUCUAAAAGCAGCAAAAACUAAAGUCAAGCUCGUUUUCAGAUAUAAACAUAUGGGAUUGAAGUAAAUCCUCAUUGUUCAUAAAUGUAACCCCAAUAUUGAAAGUAGUGGUGAACCAAUAUUAGUUUUUCAUUGGCUGAUGCCAAUACUGAUAAUGAUAAUGACAGAGCAGGUCUGAUGGCAGCUGUAUACAAUGCCAAUAUCACAUAUAGUUAUUGUUAUUCUUGUUUGUUUGUUUCCUUUGCUUUUCCCUCGGAUUGGAGGAAAUAUAGCUAUUUAAUUAUAUAAACAUGGUCAUGCUAUUCAUUUCAGAAUAUGGCUUAUACUGUAUAUCUGUUGAACUGCAUUAUUCUAUACACCACGACAGAAUUUGCUCACACUGGUCAGUGGCUGUUUUAGACUGGAUAGGUUGUCAUUUGGGAUGGAAAAGAGAUAUGUUUUCAUUUAGAGAAGAUGAUUGUUCCUUGUGAGAGCCAGUGUUGAUAUGACGCUGUUGAUUUCUCAAAUGCCAUUUAUCAGCUGACUGAUUAAACGGCCUAUCGCUCAUUAAAAUAGGAAUCUCGCAUUGUAAAUCUCGCUAUUUGGAUUGGUGAGAAGGUUUCUUUGAAAAAUAAUACUUUAAAUGUGGUAGGUUAACUUCAGUUUUUUUCUUAGUAAAUGUACAGGAAGCUGGAAUCACCUGCAAGGCAUUGCUGCCGGUCGCACCUCCUCCGGUGCCCAUGGGUCAGCUGCAGGGUCAUCAGCCAGGAACCACCAUUCACCAACGUUUCACUCCUUUAAUCCUGGAACGUUUCCUGGUGGCGGAGCAGUGACAGGGACGUCUCCCUGUCACCCCCUGCAGCUGACGGGCCUGACUGACAGCUGUUACCCCCUGUUGCUGUUUUGGGGUUAGGUGUUCUUUCCCCAGCACUUGUCCUUCCUCCUCAGCCAAAGCCAAAAGCUCCCCUUCUCAGCCUCCUCUGCAAGCUCUUUGGUUGCUUUCUUGAGGUUUCCUCCGGUCACUCCUGCAUCCUUCAAGAAGCGUAUGGUUGACAUCCCCACAAAGCCUCGGCAUCCGACCUCCACUGGGUAGAUGGUGGUCCUCCAGCCAGCCUCCCGGCACUCAGCGGCAAGGUUGGAGUACUUGGCCUUCUUCUGCUCAAAGGCGGCCUCAAUCCCCUCCUCCAUUGGCACCGUGAGCUCCACGAGGUGCACGGAUUUCGCCUUGGUGGACCAAACCACUAUGUCGGGCCGGAGAGAUGUGGUGGUGAUCUCAGUGGGAAAGCGGAGCUGUCUGUCUAGGUCGACCCUCAUGUCCCACUCCUGGUCGGGGGCAAACGGCCUGGAUGUUUCUCUUGGCCUGGUGUUUCUUCUUCCCCCACCCUCAGUGACAAAGCUGAUGUGGUUCCCUACUGGUGGUGACUCUUUGCUGCCCAGUCGCUGCCCCUCAAGCACCUCAGCCAGCUUCCUCAGGACCUGGUCGUGGCGCCACCUGUAGCGUCCUUGGGAGAGUGCGAUCUUGCAGCCUGACAAGAUGUGCUGAAGGCUUGCGUUAGGCUCACUGCAGAGUGGGCAGCUCUCCUCACUCCCGAACCACUGGUGAAGGUUCCGCGGACAGGGAAGCGUGUCGUAGGUUGAGCGGACAAGGAAGCUGAGUCUUGCCUGUGGGAUCUUCCAUAGGUCUGCCCACCUGAUGUUUCUGUUAGCUACUCCUUCCCAGGUUGUCCAGCUACGGCCUUGAUCUUGUAGCGCUCUUCCUCCGUCCUUGUCACCUCCGCCACAACCAUCUCCUUCCUCUCUUUGCGGCUGGCCUUGGACCAGAACCGUGGCGCUUCCCCCCACCCUAGUCCUGCUCUUCCUGCCUGGACUCUGCCGACAAUCUCUUGAUGUUGCAGUCGACCAAUGGCUCGGUCGACUUCAGUUUUGGCGUUCCACUUCCGGCCUGUGGGAACCUUGGCAUUUGCAUUCCGUACAGUCUGGUCGGUGGACUCUCUCAACUCGAGGACAAGCCUGGUCUUUUCCUGCAUGUAUCCCAAACUGAUUGAUUGUAACGGCAGCUGUAGUGUGUUCCUUCCAAAGAGGCCCGUUUCAGAGAGGCACCGUGGCAGCCCCAACCACUUUCGGAUGAAUGAGUUGGCUUUUCCAUCCAUCUUACUUGCGGUGGAUGAGGGGAUCUCACUCAUUUUCAGCGGCCACAUCACCCUCCUGUAGAGUGUGAACUGGUAGCACCAGACUUUGAACUUCCCAGGGAGCUGGCUUCGGUCGAUCUUUGCCAGUCCUUCUGAAAGCUGCUUCAUGACGCUUCGUCCCAUCUGUCUUCCGAAAGCUCUGCGGUGUACUGUCUGCCAAGGCUUCUAAUGGGUUGCUCAGAGAGGAGUGGGAUUUUCUCUCCCCCUACAACGAAGAUGGCACUGUCGCUUCGGACUCCUCUUCUGAGGGACAGGCUCCGUGAUUUUGAGGGCUUGAUCUUCAUUCGUGCCCACGACAUCAGCUCAUCCAUUCUUUUCAGCAGUCUCGAUGUACAUGCUGCCGUCUGAAGGAGGCUGGUGACGUCGUCCAUGUAGGACCUCAACGGGGGUAGUCUCUGCCCGGAUGGUAACUUGAUCCCUCCAACCAUCUGUCUUGCUCCGAUGAGGAUAACCUCGAAGGCAGCCACAAAAAGAAUUGGAGAGAUUGCACAACCCAUAGCGAUUCCUACCUCGAGCCGAUGCCAACCGGUGGUGAAGUCUUGGAGGCUAAAGCACAUCUGCAGGUCAUUGAAGUAGGAUGCUACUGUGUUCUUGAUGCAGGAAGGUAUGUGGAAGAACUCCAUGGCGUAGUUGAUCAGCUUGUGUGGGACUGAUCCAUACGCGUUGGCAAGAUCAAGCCAGACAACAUGCAGGUCACUUUUCUCCCGCUUGGCCUUCUGGAUCUGGUCCCAGAUCAUUGUGGAGUGCUCUACGCACCCUGGAAAGCCUGGGACUCCCGCUUUCUGGCAGUUGGUGUCUAUAUAGCCAUUCUCUAGCAGGUAGUUGGUCAUCCUUCUGGCCAAGACUGAGAAGAAAAUCUUCCCUUCUACGUUCAGUAGUGCGAUGCUUCUAAACUGGCUGAUGUCAUUGGAGUUCUCUUCUUUGGGGAUGAAGACCGCAACAGCUCUCUGCCACUCUGAUGGAAUUACCUGCUUUUUCCAGGCAGUUCUCAUAAGGUACCAUAGCAGCUCUAGUACCUUGGGACAGUUCUUGUAGAGCUUACAAGGGACUCCAUUGGGGCCAGGUGAUGAUGAAGACCUUGCCUUCUUCACGACUUGCCUGACUUCACUGAGCUUGGGGGGCAUGAUGUUGAACUCAGCACUCGGUGGUGCGGGUCGUGGUACGUACCCAGGUGUUCCUAGUGGGACGUUCCUUGCAGGAUCGCUGUACUGCCCGCUGACAUGCUGUUCAAGUUGCUCCCUGGUGGUUUCGAGCUUCCCGCUCUUCUUCUCCUCCAGCAGCUGUCUGGCAUGCUUGAAGGGGUCUUUGAAGAAGCUGGCUCGUUCUUUUUGUUUCCGUUUGCUGCGCUUGCGGAUACGUUCUGCUCGGCGGAGCCUGGAGAGUCUUUGCCUGAUCUCCUCCCAAAGGGCUUUCAGACCCUCUUUCUCCUCCAGUGUCGCCUUCCUCCAGUUCUUACGGAGUUGUCUGCGCCUUCGCACAAGGUGGUCGAUCUCCAUCUCCCUCCUUCCCUUCUCUCUUUGUGUGGUCCUUUGGCUGGAGGUUACUUCACCGAACCUGUCGCUGCAGGCCUGGUAUAGGAUGUCCCCGAACUGGUUAAGCUUGGCUUCCACCCCUCCGUGCAAGGAUGCCUCCAGCGCCUUUACCAGGUCAGUGUCCAGUGUUCUCCAUGCCUCGGUCUCGUUUGAUUUUGGCCACUUGAGCUUACUCCUUCUGGUUGGUUUCUUGGUCUCUGCUUGAGGCUCUGUCCUGUGUGAGUUGGUUGCGAGUGGGUUUUGGUGCUCACGUGGGGGCUCACCCUCCACCAGUGGGCCUUCUUCCUCUGUGACAUCUAUGCCUUGUGCAACUUUGGGUCCAUUGGCACUGUGGUUUUUACCCUGGCUUUCGGUCCCACUUGUCUCACCUGCCGAAGCAGUGCAAGGUUGCUGUUGGCCUUUCUGACCACACUUUGCCUUAAAGAAAUAAAUCCAGCUUUCUUCUGCAGGGUAAAAAAACCCUGGUUAUGGUACCUUUGUGAUCAGUGCUAAAUUUUGGAGACCUUUUUCUACAGGCAUGCUAUGGCUGCUACCUUAAUGACCCUCUUUAUAACACUCAUCAGUUCUUUCUGUGCAAAAGCUGAACGGCCCUCUCUUAUUGGGAUGCUGCCUUCUUAAAUUAUCUGCUGCACUUUUCUUUUGGCUAUUGACUGGUUUACACUUUACAGCUUGGAGCAUAUGUUGUUGGUCUUUAUGCACAAUCCACUCAUAGCUCAAUACAAAGGAAAUCAAAGCCCUGGUUUCUUUGGGUCAUUGUGGAUCCUUAAUUUUUCACUUCUUGACCUCUGAUUGAACCUGUUUUACUUGACUUGAAUUGUUUUGGCAUUACUUAUUAAUUGCAUGUCUGUUUAAACUGAUUAUCUUUCUUUAAUGCUGUUUUAUUAUUUGUUUGUCUUGAAUUUUAUUGUUUCUUUUGUAUUCUUGAUGUGAUUGUAAAUUAGGGCUUACCUCCCAAUGAUUUUUUAGCCUGAAUAGAGACAAUAUACUGUAUUUAAUAUAUAUAUAUUGCAUUUGAAUAGUUAUUCAUGCAGCUAUGUGGGGGUUAUAGGGACCAACCAAUAAGUCCAGUCUUCUUGUCCAUAAUUCAAACAAAGAAGUGAAUCACAUAGAAGCUUCCUUGCUGUGUGACACAAAUGGUUCAUACCUAAUCCACAUAACCACAGGCUUCAGGAUUAAGGACAAUCACAUUUGACUCUGCAGCUCUUAACCACAGGGAAUUUAAAGAAACUAAACCUUGAACCACAUGGCAAAAAUCCCUGUGCAUAACUUCACUCACCGGGAGCUGAUGCAAUAUUUAGAAAAUACCAUCAUUUGGGUAUUGGGACAAAUAAUGAGGUCAAGAAAUGAUCAAAUGGGUAGGAUUUAGUCAUGAAAACCUCAUUGAUAUUAGUGUUAUGGAUGGGAUCAGUUGAGAUGAGUCAGGAGAAACUGAUCAUGACUUAUUUUGCACCCAUCACCUUCAGUGGUCUGACAGAAUCAGGAAGAGGGAGGUAAAAAGGACGAGGAUGGUCCGCGGCAGUUACAAGCUGCAGUUUUCUGCUAGAACCACUCGAGCUAAUUGAGCGUCUGUGACAGGAAGCCCCAACGGGAUGUCGCUGGCCACUGCUAAAAGGGUCAGGAGAUUCAGAGUGAAGCGGGACGUGGAAACAGGAAAGCUGUGUAAAGCCUCGUCUGUGUCCUCUCGUGGGACGAUGAUAAAAACUUGAGUGGUGGCUGUCUGGCAUUGACACUGAUGUCCUUUCAACAGCUUAAGCUCCAGAACAACAAAAUGAGGACAGAGGAGGGGAUCAGAGUUUGAAAAAUGUUAAUUUUUGACGCUGAGUAAAGAAUCUCUUGUAAUGUAUCAGAGCGAGCUGAUAUCCGACCCUAAUCCAGCUGUCACCUGAUCAUUCAUUUUUCCAUUCAGCACUAAUCUGCCUCUCUGACGUGUUGUUUUAUUAAUGCACGUCUCUAUGUGUAUCCCCAGGACCUGUCCACUCUGCAGUGUGAUGUGUGUAUCCUGGUCUUCUCAGUGACUGACAGGCGAAGUUUCCAUCGCACCGCCCAGCUCCGCCUCCUCCUCAGGGAGUCUCAGCCGCACACACCGAUCAUCCUGGUGGGCAACAAGAGCGACCUCGUACGCUCCCGUGAAAUCAGCGCAGAGGGUAGGUGGAGGAAGGGAUGGGGUCUGUGAUGGAAAAACUGUCAUACAUGCACGCAAUAUGCUGUUAACCGGAGACGUCCCCUGAACUGUGGUUGUCUAGUUUUAGCUGAGCGAGCAUAAAAUAGCCUGGCAGGCCUGUCAAGCUUCUGAUUUCUCUGCUCUUUGAAGAGGUGUGCAUGAGGACAUGAGAGGAAAGAUUUCCAGUGUUUGGAGUGUGGGUCUCUCUGUCUGUUCCAGCUUUUUGUUAAAACCAUAAAACCAGAUAGUGAUGUACUCAGGCUGUUUGGGGACAGAGGUAAAGAUAAUAAAACUGGCACCUGCAGUAUGCCAUGAGGCACAAAAAGUUGUGAUAAACAAAGAUCAGAAGACCUCUCUGUCAGCUCAAUUUUCUUGGUUUUCUUGCUGCUCUGGGAUCAUAUAGUAGCUGCACUGGCCUGUUUCCAGCCUGACUAAAACAAAGGUGAGCUGGUUAAAGUUUUAGAUGGGAAACCUAAAACAUUAGAGAUCCUGGAGGUUACUAAAAGGAAACUGUUUAUCAAACCUACAGCAUUCAUUUCACAUUUUAAGGCAAAAGUAAUAAAGGGGGGGGGGGAUCCUCCUGCAGUCAAUUUUAAGCAUCUAACCCUUAAUUCCCGGCAAUCUGGUGAGUAAUUAUGCAGCAGUCUGGCGUAAAAAAUUCAUGACGUUAAAGGAAAAACAUUUUUUAUUGAACGUUAUUUAAAAAGGAGGAAUGCUACAUCAUGAUGUAGACAUCUGAGAGGUUAUUACCUUAUUAUUUUUACUAUUUUAUUCACUGUAAAUACAUCCUGGUGUCACUUUCUCAAUUAAGGGACAUCCAAAUGGAAUCUAUUUUGCCUUUAUCGAAUUUAUAAAGAUGUUUAGAGGACACUUUUAUCAUUGUAUCAACUGGAGGGACAUGUAGUGUGAAUUUCUUUGUUUAUUCACUUAAGAACUCAACAGGGAACAGUUCUUAACAGCUUUUCCACAUGAAGGACAAAAAGAUGAUGUGUUUAACUUUACCACUGAAAGAGCAUCCAGAGUGCACUGCUUCACAUUUGAUCCUCUGAUAGGACAUCAUAGACUGUAUAUACUAUGGACUACUUGGCUCUGCCCUCUGCCAUUAUGCCAUUAUAUGAAUUUGAAGCCAAAUUGUUCCCAGUAUUUUAGGGAUUUUCUCCACUUCCUGGAACCACCACUUGCGCAGUAGUAUUUAAUGCAUUUGGCAGAACUCACAAGUUUUGUUGUUUUUUUUGUUGUUUUUUUUUUUUUUUCAAAUUGAUGGUUGCUCUUGUUGGUCUUUGAAAAUUGUUGUUUAUUUGGUUGGACAUAGUUGCAGCAGUUUAGGUUUCAGAACUAACACAGAGAAAAAGAUGUCAGUUGCCAGAUAAUAUGAAAGAACCACUAUCUACUUGCCAGAUCUAGCAAAGAAGAGAUAGUGUAUUUAUGUUGCCAGGUCUGGUCUCAAAAAGACAGAUAGUGGAAGGUAUGUGGGCUGGGAAAAAUGACUAUAUGUUGUAGAUUUAUGGGCCGUGUAAUCCUAGGAACACAUUAAGGGUUCUUAAACUCUUAACAGAUGCUGAAAAUAUGGGAGAGACCCCCACACAUGACAACACAUGAUGGCAGAUUAGACAGAUAUGAUCAACACAGCAUCCCACACUCAAAACUGGAAAUUUACUGGCAAUAUCAAACCAACAUCAUCUUCUGAGCAGAUCAGGGGAAGUAAAACCAGUUUAAACCAACCUCACACCACAGAAAAAUAAGUGGCAAGACAUUCUGCUUUACAAAUAUAAAAAAUUUGAGGCAUUGCUGACUUUGCUCUGAAUGGAUAAUCGGACACACAUCAGUCAUUUAUCUCAUACAAAAGAAACAAAAAACCCUGUUCACCUCUAGAACGAACACGGAUUGAUUUUUCUGUUGUGAGGAGGCUCAUCUGUCUGCAGCUUUGUCCUGGUCUCUGUUGGUUUGGGAAAGUUCAAGAAAGCUCAGACAAAAUCAUUAUCUGUAAAAGCAUAGAGGUGCUCAGUAAACACAGUCCUUUUUAAAGCCUUUUUCUCUUGAAAUAUUUGCUGAGAAAACUGCCAUCAAUGAAAGCACCGGCUAUCAAAAAUGUUUCAGUGAAUUUAAUUUGACAAAAUGGAAAAAUGAUUACUAGGAGAGCACAAAACUCUAGGACACCAUUAUUCUGUUUCCGACAAAUCCAUUCAACCUGCAGAAGUUGUUUUCUUUUUAUAAUUUUGGGUUGUUGUGUUUGUAAAGGUUGUUAUCUUAAGAGUAUUUAGCCUUCACAUCAUGCUGCUUUUAAAGCAAUUUGUACUUUAAAAACUCCACUCAGAGAUCCCUCACCAUCACCUGCCUCACGUCAUCCAACUUUUGAAGGAUAGUUAAUAAUAUCCACAUAUUCAACAACACAAAUUUGACAUGAAGAAGUGAUUUCAUUUCACUCUCACUGGUUUUUAAUCAGAAGUGAUUCUGCUAAUCGCUUUAGUAACGCACCAUCACGCUGUGGUCUUCAUCUCCUAAAGCACUGAUGAGAAUCAGUCUGUAUGUGUGUAUUCUGCGCCUUCAGCUGUAAACAGAUUCAACUUUUGGAAGUAAAUCAUUUUGGAGGAAAAAAGGAGAAAAUUGAUUUAUAUAAAAGAAUUUUACAGGUUGAUUUUAUUUACAUCUGGUUCAAAGUAGUUGUAAUAAAACUAAAUGAGAAUACAUAGAACAAUAGACAUCAAAAGUCAGGGAGAUAUGUCUCUUAUGUAUCUUUUCAAGGCUUUUACCAGAGCUCUCCUUUCAAAAUAAAGUACUGGCAGUAGUUAAGGAGGUAGCGUGGUCAUCCAACAACUGGAAGGUUGGUGCUUCAAUUCCCCUCUAAUCCUAGUCUGUUCUUUGUGUCCUUGGGCAAGAUACUUAACCUACCUUGCUUCAAGUGUGUGUCAUUUGCUGGUGUAUGAUUUGUAUGUAUGUCGCUCAGGAUAAAAGCGUCUGCUAAAUGACAUUGUAAUUGUUAAGUUGCUGGAAAUGUUAAAUAGUCAGCCAGUGGAAAAAAUACUCCUCUGUGCCACUAUUAUGUUGUAUUAGAGGUUAACCAACACUGUUUUUCAGCGGUCAGCCAUUAUUUGUUCAUGAGACCUACAAUCAGUAUUUGGAAGUGAUAUGAAUUGACAGUAAAAAAUUUUAACUUUCUAUGAAUCCAAAAUUUGGGAUAUUACAGACUUCAACACAAAACUUUGCUUAAAUGCCUUAAGCAAAUGUUGGAAUAAAACCCAAAACAUGAUCAAAAAUGUACAAUGCUGCUGUGCAAGUGGUGGUUCCAGGAAGUGGAGAAAAUCCUGGAAAUACAAUUCAGACCAAUUCAGCUUCAAAUUCGUAUAUUGACAGAAGGCGGCAUCAAGUUGUCCAUAGUAUAUACAGUCUAUGGUUAUGUCACACAAUCAUGUGUUAUCCAGCCAAUCAGAUAAUGUUGUAGGCGGGGCAUUAGAGACAAAAUGGUGCAAUGAGACCGACUCAAAGGGGAAGAUAGUCCAGCUGCAGAGCUAAAGAAGAGCACUUUCUAACUGAAUUGAUCAGGCAGCCAUCUGUUUAAAAGCCCUCACAGAUAGCCAGCAGAACUGUGACUAACAGCUCUGGUAAUCAGCCAAAGCGAUAAUUGGUCUAACUAUACAGCAAUUAGCAAAAAUGAAGCAUAUUAUCAUCAUUGAUUAUUUAUACAGUGCCAAACUGCACAUUACAGGGGCACAUUGUAUUUAUCUGGGAAAUAGAUAUUCCCUCUGUUUUUCUUCUGAUGUUUGGAGACAAAUGUCUUUCAAUAUUGAGAAAAACUUUACAAAAAAAAAUGUUCUGUUUUUUCAAGUUAAACAAACAAACAAAAAAAAAAAAAUCAAACAUCAUGGGAAGCUCUCAUUUAAGCCACUUCAGGAAGCAACACUGUGUCAGGUUUAAAUCAGAACUAUUCUGUUGUUGUCCAGGACUUUUGGAGAUACUCAUGUUUUUAAGUAACAUGCUAUUUCCACUGUUUAGUGUAAGCAAAAGUUUCUUGAAUUUACACUGGUACUUUAGGACUUUGUAGUAUUUGCUCACCGUGAGUUGAAGGACAGGGCCAGCUGAGCAAAUACUGCAUGUUUCAUGUGUCUAAAUAAUGCAUCUGAAAUGCAUACAGGCUGGCUGCACGUUGACUUCGGAUAAUACUGUACACCUAAGGCCAUCUUAUCAACUUACAAAAAAAUAGUAAAGUCUUUUUUUCUCUUUAUAAUUAUUUUUAUAUAACAAAAGUAUCAAAGAUGAACUCCUAAGCCAUCCUGUAGUUUGCAUCUGCACAGACACAGCCAACAAUGAGCUGCUGAAUGAUGCAAGAAAAGAAACACAAAAGGCUGACUUCAAAUGCUCUUUGUAGACUUCUUUUGAAAAGCUUUAAAGCAGCUUUUGAUUGUAAAAUCUCUAAUGGGAAUGUUCUGACACAUAUUGAUGCUUCUUUUACUCACAGCAACAGAUAACAGUGCCAAAAGCCCAAAAUGUAAAUGUAGGCACAGACUCACAUUUCCUGAAUGAGAACAAUAGUGUGCAGUGCUAUGUCUGUCUCUUUCCCUGACUUUCUUUGUUUCCGUUCAUCUCUAUUACACUAUAAAUCUUCCUCCAAGCAGACACGAUCGUCAUUAGUCAAACUCUGGUGGGAUCUGUCUUUGAUCAGCAAAAUCAAUCUCUCUCUGUUUGCAGUAUCCAGGGAUAAAAUCUGUGUUUGCACACUCAUUAUAUGGGAAUAAAUCUUCAUCAUCCAUUAUGGUCGUAAAGGGCAGAAAACACACAGAGCAUGUAGGUUUUUAUGCUUUAUUGUUUAACAAUAAAACUAUCUUGGGAGUAAUUUGGCUUUAUUUUCAUACUGAUGCUGAAAAAGACUCUUCAAUGAAAACAGAUCAACCACACUGGUCACAGAAAAGAAAGAAAGAAAGAAAGAAAGAAAGAAAAGUCUGAACAAAGCUGCAGCCAUGGUAAAAAUAACACAGAAAAUCCAUACCACCUGCUCCUGACAGACAUAUACCCUUCAUGUAUACCCUAAGUCCAUUCAGACAUACACACAACAGUUGUGUUCAAGUGUGCAGUGGUAGGAGGAGCUCCUAUCAUUGCACACUCCUGCCACACUGUGCUCUCACCCCGACCGGGGAUCAAUCUAAUUUCAGCUUCAAUUACAAUUACAAUCAACUAUGAUUAGAGACACCCCCAACCCACCCCAUGAUCAUGGAUUUCUGAUAAUCAAGAUUGAAUGAUUACAGCGCUACCUGCCAUGAUGCCCUCUUUCUGUCCUAUAAAUAUAAGGUAAAUGAAACACACCCUCCUUAUGUGCCUUCAAUGCACAGUGUGUGCUCUAUCUCUCCUCUCAAACAGCCAAAGAUAAAGGGGUAACCAUGUUUUAGUUAGGGAGCAGAAAGGAAGUUGCAGAUGCUGCAAACAUUAACUGUAGUUGCUCCAAACUACCAUGCAGCCAGAGGUGGAGAGAGGAGCAGGAGGAGGCAGGUAUGUGUGUGUGCAUGCGUGCGUGCGUGCGUGCGUGCGUGCGUGCGUGCGUGCGUGUGUGUGUGUGUCUGAAAUGCAGAGGGACAGAGUAAAUCACGAUGAUUACAAACAGGCAUGAGUUUUCAUGAACCAACAGCCGUCAGGUUCAACAGUGACUCUAGUUUUAAGAAAAACUAAGCCUUCAAAUUCCAACAUUAUAAAAAUGACUGAAAACUGAAUGAAAUGUUGAAUCAUGUUGACAGGCUGUGAUAAAAUGAAGGUGGUGAGAGAGCUCAGAUCCUUCAGUUGUUUAGUAACAUUUUAAAAUGUGUACUUCUAUAGUGAAAGUCUGACUUUCAAUUUAGUAAGUAUGAUCAUGAAAAUCCAACCUCCCAGGGUGAAGAGGUGAGGUGUGCGACCUUUCAGGACUAUUAUAUUUGAGAUUCAUAUUUCCUCUUUAUCAGAUGGGGAUCCAUAAUUCUCUUAGUUUCAUUUUUCAUGGCUCUUUCUUUCUUUUUUUUUGUGAAAGAAUCUCCAACAGAACAGGAGGGCCUUUUUGAACAAAGUGGAAAUGGAUCUGCAGAAAUAAUAUCAAUAAAUCAUUCAUUUGUUGGAACAGCCCUUCUCCAGAUUGAAGGGUAUCCAAACAGAGAGGGAUAUUAUGAUUUUAUCUUUCUUUCCUUUUUUGAACAGGAGCUGAAAUCUAUCAAAGAGGAUCAGGGCCACCUAAAAUUAUACUUUAGUUUAUAGGUUAAAGUAAAAUCGCUGACUUUUUUUGACGUAACUAUUUUUCUGAUGAACUGAAUUCUUUUAAGUUUAACUUGAAGUGGCACUUACUUUAGAGGAGACAUCAUCUUCAAAAUUGUUUAUUACCCCUUUGGGAGGACAAAUAACAGUGUCCCUGUUUAUCUGACAUUUCAGCAGCUUUUUUCAGUGCUGCUCUGAAAUUGUCUUUCAUUCACUAAAUUCAAGGCGACGCUUCGUCGCAGCCAGCAGACCAACUUAAACGCACUUCACACCUUAAAUUUUCUUUGUGUCAGUUUUCUAUUUUAUAUCUUAUUGAUGUACUGUACAAGUUUAGGUGGUGUUUUGUGGCAUAAAGUGUCACUUUUUUGUCUUUUAUAAAUCAGAUAUAUCAUUCACUGUGAAACCUAGUAAUAGAACUCUGUCAUCAGCGUGUUGUGAAUUGCCUUUUCUGAUAUCUGCCCCCUCCGAUGCUCAAAAGCAUCAACAUUUUACACAAAGGGACAUAAAUUCACACCGCUGAUGGUCUGGUUUGCUUUUAUAGUACAUACUAAGGCAUCAACAUCAAUAACAACUUCAACAUGUCUCAUAACCAACUAAAAACUCUUCACAUGAGUUUUAAGCAACCCUAUCUUUGAAAUUCAAUCACUGUUAAUUCAAUAUAUCUUGGGUUCAUAAUACUUCAGUGGCACAGAUUGCAGCUGUCUUCAGUUUGACUUGCUAGAUACAGUAAAACUGAGAAUCAGCAGAAACAGAUGGACAGGCUCUUCACAGCUGAAACAGACUGCUUGGAGAAGGUGUCCAGAGAAAUCCUGGUACAUGUGAAACACGAACUGUACUCAUGCUGCGAAACCAUUUAAAUCACAUAUACUUACAUGAAUUUAAAGACAAAGCCAUUGCAGCAUUAAAACUCCACUGAAGUUAACACCACCUUGUCAUAAUUCUUUUUCUCUCUGUCUGAAUAUAUUUGCUCCUCACAGAUGAAUCUAACAAACCUGUCUUAUUGUUUCCCUGUACACCAGUAAACGGUACCACACAGCCUUUGUAUUCCAUAUGCUCAGUUCCAUUAUAUCCAGUCUAUGUGACACCAGGGGGUUUAAACAGAAGUUUAGCAGUAAAGAAAGGCUGUUUUUGUUUUAUGGUGGAGCACUAAAGUAAAAACGCUCAAUGAAAAAAGUUUAAAAGUUAGAAGUCUGGGAAUUAAGUAAGACUUGUUUAUUUCUAUCCUCUUUGUGACUUAGCUGAUCUCUGACUUUUAUAGCAGCCUGUCAGGGACAUAUUCCAUAGUGAGCUAUAACAAUGUUAAUUAAUUCUGAAAGAAUAGAGUGAUGGCAAAGACAUCUAGCUCAAACCCCAUAUUAAUUCAAUCUGCAGAGAGGUACUUUUAUAAAGAUAUAUAUAUCUUUUUAUAUUAGUUUUAAUUAAUUUUGUGACAAAGAUGUUCAUUUCUGACAGCAUUGAUAGACAACAUGGAGGACGAUUUUAAUAUUAUUCUCAGUUUAUUUUAAGAGCAUAAUACUCUUGGUUCCUAAUGGCUAAACAGUCACCAGUAAAAAAAAAAGAUACAAGAGGAGGAAAACUGUGCUAAACUAGUAAGGGAUGUUAAAACACUAAAGAGGCAGGGACAGAGAGAGCCAUCAAUCAAAUUGACAACAAAACAUAUACAUCACUACACUCAAAAAUACUACAGAAAAACACCAAUAUUAGGACUUCAGCUUGAAUGAAGAUGUAAAAUUGAAUGUAAUUUAUGUCAGUGAGGCCCUAGAGAUUGACAAGACCUUUCCCCUUUGAGCUUUUCUCACCCUGUCAGAUUUCAUUUAGAAUAACAUCCCCAUUAGUUUACAUUAUCCCUUACAUAUUUCAAGGGCCAGACAAAAAAAACAACAACAAUAUGCCAUAUUAUUGCAUAUUAAUACAGAAUUUAGAUUUGAAUGCAACAAUAAGGGUAGAAAUACAGUUUCCAUGUGAAAAUAAGGAGACCUGUCAUUUUCACUUUUUAUCUGUGUCAGUCUGAGACACCUCUACAGUAGCUUUGCUCAAAAGAAGCUAAAAAAAAGAUCUCUUUUUCCUACACUGGUGUCAGUGCAAACAAACACUCAUUGCAGUCUGCUUUUUCAGCCUCUGUCUGAAGUGUUUUGUUUCUGGCUGCUUUUGUAGUGAUGGAAAGUCAGACACAGCUUAUGGGUGUUACUUUUCACACAGCUUUAUCGCCACAAAACAAAUGCCUUUUUAGAAAAUGUCUAGGGCCAGCUGUUAGCACCUAUACUUAACUCCUCAUUUUUGCAUAUUUUAGCUAUUGUUACAUAAGCUGCUUCUAUAAGGUGUUGUUAAGUGACCUUUUAAGAUGAGAAACCCCAAGAUUUGAGCAACAGUUGAGAUGCAAAUCCAGCUUGUAUUGUCCUUUGUUUACAAAGCAGUCAUCAGUGAAGUAGUGCAAACAGCUAUGAUGUGGCUGUUGUCUGUAAAAUAUAAAAUCCUUCCUAUGUUUCUGGUGUCUUAGAAGUUGUGGCCAUAUCUUCAAACAAUCUGUUGAGGAAACCUGGAAAAUAAGUCAGGGGUUACACUGCCAUGUGUGAGAUUUAGUAUUAAGAUCCACUUUUUUAACAUUAUUUAUCUAAGUACAAAUCAGCAGAGUAGACCUUGAGACCUUCAACUUAGAAAUAUUAUUCCCAGCACAGCCAGACAGAGAGAUGAGAUCUAAACGAUUUGCUGCAGCACAACAAAUAUAUCAACCGUACUGAACAAUCAAAAGAGCCAGAGCGGAAAAUUAGACUAGACUAGACUAGACCUACUUUUUGAGGAAUAUGCAGCAUUUACUUGCUUAUCUCAAGCUCACCUCACAGCAUGUACAUGAAUUUUAACAUUAAAUGUUAAUUGAUGAAAACCCAGUCAGUGGUUUGUAAGGUAUUGUACCGACAGAAGAAAGUGAAAUGAUCAAAGCAGCUCACAGCUUUGUGCACAGACAUCAUCCAGAGAAACUUUUUGAUGGUGUUAAUGUUCAGGUAGCUGUGAUGGUACAGUCCUCACAGAACUUUUGGCUUGUUUGGAUUCUGGUUAUGUAACCAGCUCCAGUUUUAUGCUCUCAAAAGAGGCUGCAAUGCUGAGAACAGUCUCUAUUCAUGAAAGACCCAAAAUGUUGUUGUUUGCUUGUUUCUGGGACACAUUUUUGCUUUUACAAGCAAAGUGAUCAUGCGAAUAGAUGCUGACAAUUUUCUAUGUGAUAACCUUUGACUGCAAAUCAGUGACGAUAUCACUGAUUGCUGGCCAUCAGCAAAAUUUGGAUGACAACUUUGGUGGGUGGACAAAGUCACAGAAUGCAAGCCAAGACACAGCAUGAAUCAUCUUUGUUGGUUUUCAAGAAAGAAAAUACAAAAGACUUAAUCGGCGGCUGCAGGCACCAUUGGCAGCAGUACCAGCAGUUUACAUUUAGGGAUUUGUUUGAAAUCAAAAUAAACAGUCAAAAAUGCAGUAAAUUAUCAGAAGUCAGAGAUUACUUUGUACUGACCAAACCUCAUGUUGCAAGAAACUGAAAUCUGAAUCAUGUUGUCAAAACAAGUGUCCCUGCAAAAUAGAAACACUGUCUCUCACUUUUAGAUGAGUCGAAGCCAGAACUGCUGCAAUAGUUUCCACUGAGGUGCAGACUGAGAAUAAACACUUUAAAUUGAUAAAACAGACUCAAAUUAAUGUUGGCGUCAACAGAAAAUAAGACCUUUAGCCAGUGUAAGUUUCAAUAACAACAAUUAUGACAAUAAACAUUCACCAAUGACCUUUUUUUCCAUAAUAAAAACCAGACAACGACAAGCUAAAAUGCUUAACUUAAAACAAAUAUAGGUUUUGUUUUUGUAAAUGGCUCUCUGACCAGACAAAAUUUUUUUAGGUGGACUGGUGAGCAUUUUAUAUUCAAUUAUCAUUUCCCUACUAUAGAUUUAAUCUGUCACCUAAAAUAUGAAUAAUUCAUUCCUGCAACAGGCUGAGUGAGUUGAGGGGUCCAGUGUUCAUUUUGUUUUUUGUCUGCAACAAGUGCGCUGUAGUCCUCUCUGCCUCCAUGCAUCCUUAUUGAUAAAGACAGACCAGCUACUACAGUGACUUCAAUGUAAUGUUUGAUGUUUUUUCUACACUUUUAACAGCUCUGUUUCUGAACCUCAUUUGAUCCUAGUUUGGAAACAGUAAAAAACAAACUUCAUGAGAUGUUUCAGAGCAGAGAUCAAAUUUAAACUUUGAAGGUGAAGAUGUGGCUGGGAUAGCAGUGAACUGUCUGUAGUGUUUGUCUGUUCAUGGGUGUUGCUUGGCCUUGAGGACUCUAGGGGCUGAGCCCAGACCCCCAACCAUAGUCUGUACAUAGAAUGGACGCUGUCUGCCUCCUCUCUGGGUGAAGCCACUGCGAGAACAGCACCCUCUGGUGAUGGGCUGCAGUAUAGGUCAUAAAUCUCGUCUCCUCCAGCAAUCCCUAAGGAGCUGUGGACAAACUUUAGAAAUUAAUUAAGCAGAAUAUAAAUUUUGCUCCCCCCUGCUUGUGAUGUUGACAUGUAGUUACUGGAAGACUGGAUUGUGUUCAAGUCCUCUUUUUUCUGUGCAGCUCCGUUUUUAAAAGUUAUUAGGGGGUUCAUGUUUUCUAUGAUUGGCAUUGCAUAGCUCACUUGGGGGAUACGCUGUUUGAGCUGAGUGUCAUUUGAGUGGAAUUUGUGAGGGGUCUUUGUUGUUUAAUGCUAACAAAUAUCUGACAAAAUAAUUUCUUAUAACAUUGAAAUGAUUUAAUGCAACAAUUUCAACGCAAAAUGAAUAAACCAUAUAAAUCUAGGAGCCAGCUUUGGUCUUUUUAUAUCCUGGCGUGCGACACUGAAGACAGGUCUUGGCAGAACGAAUCAGAGAAUAAAGAAACACGCUUUGUUCUGAAUCAAUUCAGCAUUGGUCUGAACGUACCAUACAGUGGCUGUAAUUUUCUGGACUUUGUGAAGGAAUGUUUUAUGCAUCACUGGCAGGCUGUCCCACUGUGUGAAUUUCAUUAAUGCUUUAGAUAGACUGUGGAUGCAGUCAAAAGGAAGAAAGACUGACAGUUUACACGGUUUGGCCUUGAUCUGAACUUAUGUUCACAUUUUAUUCAGUGUAUAAAUUCAACACUUCAUGGCCGUCCUGCAAUUCUAUCUGACCCUCCAAUACAGCUGCAGCUUUUGGAAGCUAUACAUCCCUUUCUUUCUAAUCCUAAAGUAAGGUUUCACCCCUCUGUCCUUGUGCUUUCCAUACUUUGUUUUUUUUUUUUUCCUCUACAGAUCGGGCAUUUCUCUGUUUGCCUGUAUUAUCUCUCUCUUCCAGGCCACUGCUGCUUUUACCAUCUGUGUGUAUGUUUGUAGAGGCCAUGCAUACAUACACAGACACAGAGGACAAACAAGCAGCUGUACACUCUCAUCUCCCUCCAUCUUUUCUGCCGGAUGUUUCAAAGCAAGGGCUGAGAUAAGAGGAGCAAAGAGAAGAAGAUUGGCAGAAGGAAGGGCGAAUGAAUAACCACAGUGUGGGUUUCACUUUGAAGUGAUAUAGCAUGUGGACGUCAUUGAGUAUAUAUAUGUGUGAGCGCUUGUUUUUUGUCCUUGAAAGAAGAAACACUUUGAGUCUUCGGACCCUCAGGCUGAAGAUAUUUCCUCAAAGACAGGCUCUAAAGCGAGUGUCACAUCAACACACUGCUGUUUCCAUACAUCUGUGAGGUAGUCUGAACUCCAUUAUGUUGGCAGAGUACAUCUCCAUAUCUCACCCCGCUGGUAUUAAGAGAGGUUUUCCUACAACUGUUUAAUGAAAGAUCCUUCCCUGCUCAUUUUGUCAAAUUCUGCCCUUAGAUGGAAAAUCAGAAAUUACCUGCUAGCCGCCCUGGGGAGGCUUUAACGUUAAAUUGUCUCAUCUUCAAUCUGUAGAAAGUGUCCGUGACUGAAGGUGAGUUCCACUUUGAGAUGCAGUCACAGACUAUGUUAUGGCUUCUUACAAGAAUCUGUCAAAGUAAUUGCAGUCGUCACUUGACUCAGCUCUUACUUUUAAAGCGUUUUGAUGUUUCCAGAGUCAAGUGACUUUCUGUAAUUUGAAACGAGAAUCCACAGUCAUCUCUGCUGCUCCCCUGUGCUUUACUUUAUGUGCUUUAUGUUGGUGAUAUUCUUUGUAGCAGGGAUCUGGACAAUAGAGACUGGCAGGUGGAGCUGCAGUAUUGGUGUCCACUCCCUCAGUCAAACAAAAUACACAUUCAACCUGAAACAGCAAAGAGCAGACCCUUACUUCAAACAUAACCUUGAAGUUAAAGUUUCUUGAGUCUUCACAGUGCUUUGUGUUCAUUAUUUUCAUCCUUGCUGCCCUUCCCUUAAUGGAACAACAACUUUAAACUAGUUCAGGUAUUUCACUCAAGCUACACUGACUUUUCAUAUAACAUGCAACAAACAAACCCUCUAACUCUUUCUGCCCACUCCCUCAGCUCUAUUAUUUCCUCACUUCCCUGCGACUUUCAGCAUCAGCACCUCCCCGGCAUCCACCUGCAAGCUCCAGCUUGAGGUUCCAGAACAAUCAAUACAGUGUGAACUGUCUUACUGAACUGUGUACUCUGCAUUAAAGCAGCCCCAUUUGUCAACAGGGCUGUCAAUCAUUGCAUUAUACACACACACACACACACACACACACACACACACACACACACACACACACACACACACACACACACACACAUAUAUAUAUGUGUGUGUUUGUGUGUGUACAUAAAAGAACACAAUAAAAGCUUAAUUUAACUUUAAUUUAACUUAAUUUAACUAAUUUUGAACCACACUCAGGAAAGUCUGACCAUUGUCUACAUAAGAAAAUUAAUGAAACAAAUGACACUUAAUUUAAUGAAAUUAAUUUUAAUUACUUUAGCUUUGAUUAAAAACUACUGUUUUAAUGAAGUAAAUUGAAACAACUCGGCACAACUUGUCUUGUGUACAGCAAUUAGAACCAAAUAGUUCCCAUUAAGUGGCUUUUGUUAAUGAUUUGGCAUUGUUGAGUUUACUGAUAAAAUAUAAUUAAAUUCUGCUCAGUGAUUUUCAGCUGUUAUUUUUCAAACAAAAAAAAAAUUAAAAAAACAACUGAUAAAUGAUUCAAAUUUGAUUAGAUCAACAUAAUAUUAUACUGAACAGCAUACAGUUGUUUUUUUCAUGUAAAGGUUACUAGUAUUUAUUUUGUAAAUAUUAAUUCAGCCCAGUCACACUUCUCAGAGUGCACGUUAUGUGUACUUUUUAAGUUUGGUUCACCCCUUUUGUUAAAAUAGAGGAGACUCACUUCAUGACCACUGCAGCCAGUUUGCAGUUGGAGCUCCAGGCGGUUAAGCUUCACUUUUUGGGAGCUGUCAUGCUGUCCAAAGGUUAGACUCUCUGCUCUUGCUAAACCUGCUUAGUCAACCCAAACAGUUUGUGCUGUCAGUAUUGAUCAUAUGAAAGAACCUGUCAGUAUGAUAUUGGUUAGUUGCCAUACCCAAGAGAGACUUCUGUAAAGAAUUAAAGAAAAACUUUACUUAAAUUGCUUGCACACUGGGUCCUUUCUUGUCCCCUAUCUUGCCUGUAAUUACAAAAUUGGUGUGUCUGUGUUCAGGUGUAUAGACACAUGGGAUGCUUAAGGUCCAGUUUGUAAAUUUAAGAUGUUUUCCCCAGGAGAUAUCAGUGUUUCAGAGUGAAGGAAAGGUCAAAGAUAUGAUUAGAACACAUUGCUAACACUUUGUGUACUCUUCAAGGUUAUAUCAAGUUAGCCGUUGACAGCUUUUAAAUCUAUUGAUGGACAAACCGCUAAUGAAGCAGCAAAGUUUUCACACCCCUGAAACUGUUUUAAUCACCUAAGGGAAACCUCAUUGAUUGACAUGAGAAGACUCGAGCUGAGUCACAAUGAAAGUUAGCUCAUUACUCCUAAUGUUGAGCAGACUCAGUCCUCACUGUUUUUCUUUUUGUUUUUCUUAUUUAAUGGCAGAUUUAUAAGUUCAGUGCAAGAACAUAUACAUCUGCAACAAUUUAAAAAGACUGUACAAAAGGUGAAUUUAACCCAGUACUGAAGGCCAUAUUAUUUCACUGUCACUGUGGCAUGUUUGACAAUAAUGGGUCAAAGCAAAAGACAGCAUGAGGUACAAAACAAAGUGAUGCAGCUUGAAUGUUAUUUGCCUAUUACAAAUCUGUGUAGGGCUUUAUGUAGACUAUGAAACUUCACUUAAUAAAUCAAUGUUGAGCCUUAAUACUGAAUCCAUAGUGACUUAAAUUCAAUAAAAUGUACAUAAAAUGUAUUAUAGAAAUAGGUCAGAGCAUGUGUAUAUGUAGGUCAUUUCUAUGUAAUGUAUUUUAACAUAAAGCGAUACGUUUUUAACAUUAUCCUUGAUUAUUUUCAGGUGGAGGGUUUCAAAUGUGUUUAAAAUAAUAUUUAGUAGUAUUAUCCUGGAUAAUAAAUCCAUAAUCAGGUGGUGUUUUUUCUCUCACCCUUUGGGUUUUUUGGGCCUGAUCCUAUAGCGGGUCAUUUUAUUUUGGGGAUCCAGUCUAUGAUUGCAGUCAACAGAGAGGAUGAGUAAGAGAGAAAUAAUCCAGUCAGUGUGGAGGGUUUUCUGAAAGAUGCAGGAUUAAAAAAGUGUGUGUGAGUGUCUGUGUUGAUUAUGUUGAAGUAUUCACAGCUUGGGGUCAAAACUGGUUUGUUUUCUUUUGUUUUGGGAGUUAAACAGAGGCAGCAAGUGUGAAAUGUGUGCACAUUGGUGCGUGCGCAUGCUGUCGACUUGGGUUCGGUCACAGCUCUGGUUUGAAUCUAAUAACACGAGUGGAAAAAGGGGAGAGAGGGGGAGGGAGGGGAGGAAUGCAUAAUGAGAGAUGCCCAUACUCAGCAUAUUUCCCAUCCAUAAAAUAAAUAAAAAAACAGCAGAGAUGUGGUCAGCGAUAUGGAAAUGCCCUCUCUAUGUUCCUGCAGGGACUGACAGAGCUGUUGCUGUGUUCUCUCUGAAGAGACAGCAUGUUUUUCGCUGAUAUGUGAGCCUGACAGACAGACAGACAGAGAAACACAGGCCAAAGCAUCCACAGCCUGUCACUGGAGUCAUAAAGUCUAUUUAUGGCAUGUGCAGUGACACUUUUAUUCUGCUAUCUCUCACCUUCCCCCCCUCUGCCACAUCUUUCUGUCUCCACCCAUCAUUCACACAAACACUUAACCUAACACACUGAGGACAUGUUUGCCUUUUGCUCAAUAAGGAUGUACUCUGGGUAUUUUCCUCAAGGUCUUGACUGCAUGUAAAGAUGAAUGAUGCAUCUAGGAUUCCUUAUGUUGUAGCAAAAUGAGGCAAAAAUAACCCCCUGCAGCUGGCAUUGACUGGUGAGGAUUUGGAGUCAGAGCCAGAGCAAGAAAUCAGCUGAUGUAGCCAGGAAAUUGAUGUCCUACCCCUUAAACUAUCAAAUCACACAACCAAUAAAUCAGUAAAGGCCCCUCAGUUUGGCACAGUGCACUGCUUCUGAUUUUGAAAUUAAGAAAACAAGGUUAUGCAGAGUUCAGGUUUCAUUCUUAUUUAGCAGCUGAUCUGAGGAAGAAAUGUCUUCUUAUACCCAGUGGUACAGCAUGAGCUGAAAUAUACCAGUUUUCUUAUCUGGAAUUUAUUCUUCCAAAUUGAAGCACAGUCAGAAGUUUUAACCAAAAAUCAUGUUACCUGUGUCAUUUUCAAGGACUUUUCUUCUGCAGAGCUCCAGUAGGUCAUAAGCAAUUCACCUCUGAGUUGUGGGCGGAGACAGAGCUGUUUUACACACCCCUCUUCACACUCCUUUUCAUGCUAGUUUGCAGCCUAACAUGGUCAGUGCAGCAGAAGUGGCAGGUAAUAUAGGAGCUAUUAAGCUCUUGAACACUGUUGUCUUUGGGGGCAUGGUAAAAACUAAUAUCAUAUUUAGCUUUCUUACAAGCAUUGCAAUCCACUAACGCACACACUUGUUUCACGAUUGUUCUCUCUACUUUUCCAAGUCUGGCCUGCAUAACAAGGUUCCUGGGCAGUGAUUGAAAUCUCACUGUGUCUGAACCAUAGACUGUAUAUAGAAUGGACAACGUCUGCCUCCUCGCUGGGUGAAGCCACUCCAAGAACAGCACCCUCUGGUGACAGGCUGCAGUAUAGGUCACAAAUCCCACCUCUGCCAGCAAAGCUUAUGGGGCUGUGGACAAACUUUAGAAAUUUAUUACACAGAACAUAAUUUUUUCUCCCCCCCUGCAUGAGAUGUUGACAUGUAGUUAUUGUAAAACUGGUUUGUGCUCAAGUCCUCUUUUUUCUGUGAAGCUCAGUUUUUAAAAGUUAUUAGGGAGUUCAUGUUUUCUAUGAUUGACACUUAAUACAGCCUAUGGACAUACAAGAAUUGAGUGGCUCACACUCAGAAAAGCAGUUUUGCUCUUCGUUUUCUAAAUGCCAUAUGAACUUGUAGAAAACAAGAAAAAACAUGAUUUUCAUCAGAGGUGGUUUUUAAACAAGGUUAUAUUGGUGUGAAAUUAUUGAUCAUUGUCCCAUUCUUGCUUGAUAUAGAAUUUAAGAUGCUUUAACUCUGGUUUGAGAAUGCAGGAAAUAUUUUCAAAAUGUUUUGUGAGAAGUUGGCAGUGUAGGACAGACAGUUUAGCAUUUGGUCUCUUGGGGCUCUAUUUUAGUGCCUCGCUGGCAACAUGGCACAGGCGCGGUGUAAGUCAGGUCCGCGGCACCGACAAGGUGUUCCCAAGCACAAUUUGGUAUUUUGGUGAGUGGCGCAGCCUGGCGUACGUAUCCCCCCUCCAUAACUCAGCACCUCCUAGCGGCAUAAGUCGUAGGGAGGGAGGAGAGAGGGCAUGGAGUGGAUUUAACACAGCUGAGACCUGUAUUAACCAAUAACAUGAGCUCCUCUCCUCGCCUUUAAAUCCUUUUUUUUUUUUUUGUUCAAAUUUUGAAGUAAAUAACUAAUCUGAUCACUGAAAUGAAUCAUCUGGUCAGCCGUGCCACAGCAGGAGCAGCAGGAUGGAGAGAGGACACAGGGACACGUCAGGUGUUGUGCUGUAGAAUGCACCCCUGCCAUCAAAUGCACCCCCUGAUGGGAGCUCGGUUAAAAGUAAACAACAAGGCGAAAUAAUCCAAGUUUUCCUUACCAUCGGAUAGAUUCAAAAGCGUGUGCCUUUAAUGAUUUCAUUCAGGCUACUCGGAUAUGCUGAAAACAAUAGCCCUCUGAUUUGGAAUAUUUGCUGCCCUGAGAAUAUAAUCCUCUCUACCUUAACAGAUUACUGUACAGUUUAUGUACCCAAGUACACCUCUGUACGUGCAUUUUUUUAAAAACCUAAAAAUAGAACAAAAGUUUGCUGCUCCAUUUGACAUAUUGUCAUGAUCCAAUACUUCUAAUAUUGGAGAAUAGAGGAGACUAAUUAAAUAUUUUAUCAACUUCAUCAUGUGCGACUGUUUACUGGAUAUUUAAUUUAAUGCGGUUUCAGCUGUGUUAAUUUGGUCAGGUGGAGUGUCCAGACACGUGCCAAAUAAGCUCAUCAGAUCAGAUAUAGAUCAGAAUAUAUUGAUAUAGAUCUAAAUGUAUGUGCUGACUCAGAUAAUUGCACUGAAUAUUGGUUGUUGUUGAUUAUUUAUUGCACUGAAAUGUGCCUGACACUGUGAGGCAUGGUGAUGUACAGUACAGACCAAAAAGUUUGGACACACCUUCUCAUUCAAUGUCUUUUCUUUAUUUUUUUAUAUGACUGUUUACAUUGUAGAUUAUUACUGAAGGCAUUAAAACUAUGAAUGAACACAUGUAGAAUUUUGUACUUAUAAAGAAAGUGUGAAAUAACCGAAAACAUGUUUUAUAUUCUAGUUUCUUUAAAAUAGCCACCCUUUGCUCUUGAUGACAGAAGUACCUUGUCAGGGUUACUUCAGGCACUCCUGUGAAGUAAAAACCAUUUCAGGUGACUACCUCAUGAAGCUCAUUGAGAGAACAGCUAAAGUUUGCAGCGCUAUCAAAAAAGCAAAGGGUGGCUACUUUGAGGAAUCUAAAAUAUAAAACAUGUUUUAAGUUAUUUUAUAAGCACAUGAUUCCACAUGUGUUCAUUCAUAGUUUUGAGAAUCUACAAUUUAAAUAGUAAUGAAAACAAAGAAAAUGCAUUGAAUGAGAAGGUGUGUCCAAACUUUUGGCCUGUACUGUAUGUGCGCUACGCCGCUGGUCUACCAAAAUACCACUAGACCAGCUGCGCUCCGCCUGCGCUGAAAGCUGACCAGGUUUGAAUCAGAGAGCUUUCAGCACACUUUUCAUGACGCUGGCGAGCACAAAAAUGUCACUGCGCCAGCUGAUUCUGUGGACACUUCCCCCUACCGUGCAUCCAUGCCCAGCUUGGUGGACCUCGGCGCGCCUAAGUCUAUGAAAAUACCAAACUGGCUGUGCGCCGGGCUCCGCCAGAUGAAAAUACCACUGCGCGGGUUCCGCCACCGUCUGCCACGUCUCCGGCAUGCAUGAAAAUAGACCCCUUGUACUAGUGUGUGCACUUGUGUGUUCUUUCCCCAUCUGUAAAUGCAAUCUCAUUGUGCAUAAGUGCAAUGACAAUAAAGCAUCUUGUAUCUUGUAUCUUGUAUCUUGUUGCAAGAACAGCAAAAUGUUGCUUGGCAUCUUCUUGCUGUAUAGUGCAGUCUUUCCUGGAAAAGGUAUUGCCUUGAUAGCAGCACUCUUAAACUCUUGCUCUUAAACCUGUAUUUACUGUUCAGUGUCAGUGAUGCCUUCCCAGAUGUGUAAGCUACCCAUACCAUGGGUACUGUGUAUCCCAAUACCCUACAAAUACUGGCCUUAAAAUGUGAUAUAGGUGUGAGGGGUCUAAAUUUGAAACCCUCUUUGCAAGGUGCAGUUUUAACCUACAUACUGUGAAUAAAUGACAAACUGUGUUCAUGGACUUUGGUUUUAAGAAAUUAUUUUGAGCCCAUGUAGUGAUUUCCACUACAAAGAUCAUGGUCGUCCAGAAUUAAUUUUCAGCCUUGUCCCUUUUGUACAAAGAUUUCUCCAGAUUUUCUGAAUCUUUUGAUCAUAUUAUAAUAAUAAAUAAUAAUGCAUCAGAUUUCAUAUAGCGCUUUAUCAGAGACCCUCAAAGCGCUUUACAUUGGAUACAUCAUUCGCUCACACAGUCACACUUUGGUGGUGGUGGAAACGUGGCUGCCAUUCUGCGCCUACGGCCUCUCCGACCACCACCACACAACACUCACAAUCAUACACCAGUGGAGGACACACACUGGGAGCAAGGUGGGUUAAGUGUCUUGCCCAAGGACACAACGGACAGACUUGGAUUAGGGGGGAAUCGAACCGCCAACCUUCCGGUCAUUGGACGACCGCUCUACCUCCUGAGCUACUUUAGAUGACAAAAUUUCCAAAUUUGUUGCAGUUUUAUGUUAAGGACCUUCCAAUAUUGUUGAACUAUUUCCUUUUCCAGUCUUUCACAAAGUGAUACCCCUCCUCUGUUUUACAGCAGCAGCUUGUAGAAAAAUGUAACUGUCAUAUCAUAGCAUAUUAAUUCUGAGUUAUGAGAUUUGAUCAGUGUUUUUCCCUGUUCUUUGCUGCAACUUUUCCACCACAUUUGAGGUAAAAAAUGACUGUGUCUUAUAUGUGUGACAUACAAAUAAUAUGUAUGCAUUUUUACAACUUAUUUUAUAACACCUAAAAUAACAAAAAGUAGCAUGGUUGUUUGACUUUCACUUUUUCUUCCUCCAUUUGAGAAUAACUUCAUUACCUUCACAAUCCAGUGCUUAUUAAUGUCCAAAUUAAAGUUUGGGUCAAUCCUGCGUGACUUCUGCAUGUCCACAUGCUGCAAUCUCAUGUCCAUAUAUGGUAUUGGAGCGAUGUCUAAUCAUGUUUUUGGGAAAAAACUAGCAUGAGCUUCAAACUAACAAGGAGAUGGCAUUCAUCAAUUUAAGAGCACAGCUGCGAACAAAUCUGUCAGGUCAGAAACAGGUCUGUGAAUCUAUCUGGCAAUUGCUGUGGUUAUUUAUUUUUAUGAAAAAAUUAAGAGAAAUCUUACAAAGAUAUUGGUGAGCGAUACCCUGUGGAGUCCUUUCUGUCAAUCAUGGUGUUGUGUCUGUUUUCACAUUAGCAAAUAACUAAAUCAAAGCGAACACUUGGACAGAAAUCCAGAAAGAGGCUGGCUGUAAGAGCUCUCCUGCAGCUCUGAAUGUUUAGGUUCCCACUUUGGGGAGCUGCUAUGCCAUCCAUAUGUUUAGAUGCAGUCCAUAGCUGUCACACUGAGGGCGCAUUUAUCUUGAGCUCAAUAAGGCUGUGGUGUGGCUCUGCUCUUUAGGGGUUUCAUUAAUAUGCACCCAAGCUCAGUUUGCUUAGUCGGCAUUCCUUCUGUCUGUCUGUCUGUCUGUCUCCUUCCUUUCCCCUUCUAGUUCAUUUCAUCACCCAUCCUGCCUGUCAUCCCCUCUCAGCAUCACCUUCCCCACUCUUAGUGACUCACAUGCUUUUGCCCGUUCGUCAAAAUGCCUUUUUCACUUUGUCUCCCUUCCCUUGUGUCCUUCCUCUUUGUCUGCAGACAGAGACUCUUUCGAGGGCCCUCAGUUUUUCCUCUCCUUUACUUUCCAGUUACCUUUUUUUUUUUUUUUUUUUACAAUUGUGAAAUCUCUGUUUACAAAUUCUAAGCAUAAACUUGGCAUCUGACCUCAAGGGGUCUGGUCAUAUGCAUGAAAUAUACUCUUUAUUUCCAUUUGUAGUAUGUUUUAUGCAGAGGGAGAAGCCUGUAAAGCAGUCGUGGCAUCCUGGCCCCUACUGGCAGUAGUCUUGCUACAAUGAAUGGAUCUCUGUAAACAAAUAUCAGCAUGCAAGUUCAGCUUCAAAUCCAGUCUAGAAUAAAAAAUGCCACCCUGAGAGAAAAAUCCACUGGGAGCUUCUGAAAAUCAAUCUGUGUUUAGAUUCCAGGACUUUCUAAAAUCCAUCAUAAAUGAUUCAUUAGACCUUCAUCCAUUCAACAAACAAGCAAUGUCUGUUUUCUGCUCGAGUACAAAUAAAACUCUUUUUGGGGCUAUUUGCUCUCAUUGAAUAGGACAGCUGAGCGGACAUAUUUAAAAGAAAGCAGACAGAGACUAAAAUGAGCAGAGGCCAUGAACCAGAGGCUUCUGUAUUAAGGAUUAUAUCCUCUAUGUAUAUGGGACAGCUUUUAACAGCUGAGCUUAAUGCUCCCACAUUUUACCUUUACAAUAGUAGGAGGGCAUAACAAGUUCAACAUGGCAGAAGGGACAAUAAUCCUCCAAUCUCUUUUAUUGUUUUCAUGACUGUUGGGAGCCGAAAUCCUGUUUAUAAAAAUGAAACAAAAUUAUUCACCUAGCUCUUCUUUAUUGAGAGAACAGGCCCAUGGAUGAGGGAGGAAACUGAGAGCCAAGAGUGGAGUGCAAAGAGCCCCAGCCCAGGCAGACUGAGAUAAGAAGAAUUUUAUUGAUCCCCAAAGAGAAAUUCAAUAAGGCCAUUGUAAGUUGGGUACCUAGGUUAUGAGCACCCAAGUUUUGUGAAGUCCGCAAUUUUGAAACCCAUUAAAGCAAGUCAAAGGAUAUAAUAAACCAAAAAAAGAGAGUGUUUAUUCUGCAGAGAUACCUGAACAGGCAAUUUUGGUUCAAUUUUGACCUGUGCUCUUGCCAACAGGACUGUAACAACGCAACACAAUGAUAAAAGGAGUCAUGUCUGGGCUUUGUUUAUUAUAGACUGCUAGCUACAGAAAAAUGGCCAGAAAGUUGGUCAUCUUUCCAAGAGGCACAUAUAGUCACAGACAGUAGCCUGUGGGCUCAUAAAACGGUUGCAUCAUGUCUCAUUUAUACCUUUCUUUUUUGCUUGUUUCAUCCUUGUAUCCUCUGCUUGUUUCUUUCCUUUUUUGUAUCCCAUCCUGUCUGUUUCUUCCUUCAAUUACAGUUUAGCUUCUUCUGCCCUAUCUUGUCCUUUCUCCUACUUUGAUGUUCUUGUUUCCUUUUCCUUAAAGCCUCUCUGAUGUUUUCCUUUUCUUGUUUACUUCUCUCAUCUUUUCUUAUACCCUCCAAUUACUAAUGGCCUGUUCCCCUGGAUCCUGUCAUACUUUCCUCUCCUCGUUGUUUCUCCUAUUGUCUCCCUGUCUUCUUGACUUUUGGUCUCAUUUCUCAGGUGCUUUUCAUUGUUUCCACUCCACUCUAAGUUUCUCUUAUUGUGUCUUGUUUCUCUACCUUGUUUCCUUUUAUUUCUUUAGUUUCCUCUGACCUACUUGUGGCCUCAUUUCAUCUCCUUUCCCCCUGUCCCCUGUCUUGUUUUCAUCUUCUCCUCAAUUUCAUUUCUCUAACGCUCCUCCAAGAGGUUAUAAAGACUCGGCUCAAUUCAAUCAGCGGUGGUUGGUAUUAGGAUAAGCCCUGCUGAUCUGGUUUGGGAUUUGUCUUUUUUCCUCCGCUCUUACCUCGAUCACUAUUAGGUGACACUGCUGUGGUUCGACAGCUGCUGUGAGGCCGGAUUAUUACAUCCAGAUCAAAUCUAGUUUGUUUUUAGAAGUACCUGUGACACACUGCUGCUCUCACUUGAUUCAUGCUGGAAAAACAGCAAAAUGAUAGGUUGCAAAGCAAUUACCAAAGUUUGGAAUAAUCAGGACUAGGCUUGAUUUAAUGAAGCUUGAGUAUUAGGUCAAUCAUCCUGAUGAUCAGAUUAGUUACUUGGGGUGUGCAGGGAUGUUUUUUUUAAUUUUUUUUAUUUGUAUCUGUAUUAAAGAUACAAAGCCAGUAGUGGGUGUGGCCUAUACUGGAAGUGAUUUUUUCAGCUUUCCUACAACAACUAUCAUAACAGAUAAGAUGAGAUUAAAGGAAGUCACAUUCAUUCUGGCAAUGCAGUUUUUGUGCUUUAAAAGCAUUGAAUUGAUUUCCUCCUGGCACAUAGAUAAUCAUGAAACAUAUUCUCCUUAUGCAGCUACUCAAAAGGAUAUUCCAGCAUAAAUUUAAGAGUGCCGUGGAAAAUUUAUGAUUAUUACUUCAUGGAAAUGCAAUCAGACUGAGACACUAAGGCAGAAGAACUACCGCGUAUGCAGUGCACAUACAAGAUACACAAGAACUCUGAUUGCAUUUCCAUGAAGUAACAAUCAUAAAUUUUCUGCUGAACUCAGUGAUCGACUCGUCAGGGUUCCCCCACAAACAAGCUGCUGGAAGAGAGUGGGUGAUUUGUGUUUGGUCUCUUUGCUAAAGAAACCAGGCAGAGCUAAAAAGAUGUUUGGUGGCUCGUACUAUGGCUAAGACUCUUUAUGUAUUAUUAAUGAAGUUAGGUGCUGUUCUGCAUUAUUUGUGGCUGUAGAGUGACUGUUUGGUUGAUGUUUGCCCAUGGAGAUGCAGACCACUGUUUAUUGCUAUAGUGCAGUCAUUACUAAAUUUGGUAUGACUGGAGAAGCAAGUGGUUGGCAACAUUAAUCUCUGUCUAACUCGGGUGUCUAACUCUGUGUUACAGGGUGUUUGACCAUAACUUAAAUUUACACCGGAAUAUCCCUUUAAUCUGUUUCUUUCUUGCUCAUUAUUUUUAUUCUUUACUGAAGCUGUAUGAUGUCUCUGGAUAUCAAGUAAUGAUUUGAUGAAAGGUGACGCCCUCACAUCUUGAAUGGAUGAAAAUAUACAGUAAUACAAGAUACAACCAUUUGCCACAGCAGGCAGGCUUGAGGCAUUGAGAUGUGUUCACGUGUUACAUCUGCAGUGGUAAAUUUCGCUGUUGGAAAUGUUUCAGUCUCAGUUUCUCUGUAAAUAACAGGUCAUAAACACAAACUUUAAAAGUAUUAAUCCAAAAUAAAAAGGUAGCUUGUUGUGAUUGAAUUGCAUUUUGUUCCCUAUUAGAACAGAAAGGAACAUCAUGUCUCUUCAGUGGUUUUAGUUUGUUCGAUUUAAAAUCCGGUCUCUAAAGUAUAAUUGCUCUGUAAUGACAUUCAGAGUGCAUAGCUUGUUUUAUUCAUUUCUCUUUUGUUCUAUAUUUUUAUUCUUGGGUAAAUGGAUGGUUAAAUGUUUAUAAUAACUCAAAGAAAGUAAUUGUAGACCUUAAAUGAUAAUUUAAUGUUCAAAAUCAAGGUCAUAGUUAUAAAAAAAGAAAAGCUGUCUGCCGCAGUGUUCUUUUCCUACAACCAAAACUUCUCAGUUAUAUCAAAUCCCCAUAUUUUGAGUUUUAUACCACUAUCAUUAAUGCCAAUAAAAACAACCUCAAAAGCCUUUUUGCAGACGUCUGCUUUAGAGCUCUCAGAUUUUGUCCCUGAGACGAGAAGAAGCUAUAAAACACAUUGAAGGAUAGUCGAGUAAAAAAGCUGUUACAGUCCAGAACGAACGAAGACCAUUUGCUGCAGAAUGAUCCGUAUCUGUUGUCUGCCCUUAUCACACUGACUUGUUUGACCAGGAACAAACAGGGGCUUUCAGCUGAGAUACUGAGGCUUGUCAACAUCACGUUGAGUCACCUGUCCUCAUCCAGGAGAGUCACGCUGAGAGGGAAAACAUUUUCCCAUUUGAGCCGCAGCCAAGAGAUUUGAGCUCAUACUGCUCAGCUUGUGGCAACAUUAACCCCAUCCUGCCUUCACUGAGCCUGUGUCUGGACUAUUAUGGUUGAUUAUGUCUUAAAAUAAGACAGACUGGUGAGAGGAAUGCAUAAGAUGAUCAUUUUAGAAACAUCUAAAUGCAUCAAUAGUUCAAUAUUAGCUCACAGCAUUUCAUCAUGUCUCACAGUUGUCUCCAGUGGUGUGCUCAGAUUGGGGCAGAAGGGGGUCAUUGUCCCCCGGUGCCCUCAAGUCUGAAAAUGCUGCGGAAGUGCCCUUUUGGAUGCUCCUGUCAUAAAUAAAAUAUUUCAAAACACCCUCUUCAGUACCCUUUCCGCAGAAACUUGCUUUAAUAGCUGCUCUUUUACAGGAUCUAAUGUGACAAGGUGCCUUUAGGACACCCUUUCGGUAUAAAAAAUGUAUUGGAUACAUGUGUGGAUAAAUCAUGAAAUGGUGCCCUUUGUUAUUUUAACCUUAUGUUACAUUUACAUGUACGUUUAUCUGAGCUCAAUAAUCUAGAAAGUCUGUUUUUAUGUAAGUGUAAUAUGUUUUAUCAUUUGAUUUGCACUGAUCUAUUCAGUUUAGAUAUCAUUAGGUGUAAAUAACAGAUCAGGUCUUCCCAGUCUGUGAGCCACAUGCAGAAAGUAGCAUCUGCAUUUGGUUCAUGUUGUGUUUUCCUUUGAAAUUUAUUUCUAUUUCCACGACUAAAUGUUGCAUAAAUAUUAAUCAUAAUGCAGGAACUUAAGUAGGUAAGGCUGAAAAUUUCUUGGGGGAAGACCACCAGACUUCAGUAGCGCAAAGCAGCCGUGCUGAGGGUCAGCACCUCCAAGUCUAAGGCCAUGGUUAUCUGCAGGAAAACUGUAGAUUUUGUCAAUGUGGCUGCAGCAGUAAUGCAGACACUGCACUGGAUCAUUGAGGUGAAGAGGGAGCUGAGCUUGAAGGCAAAGCCUUUGAUUUUCCAGCUGAUCUAAGUUUCAAUCUCACCCAUGGUCAUGAGCUGUGGAUACUGACCAAAAGAAUAAGAUCACAGAUACAAGUGGUAGAAAUGAGUUUCCUUGAAAGGGUGUGUCGGUGAGCUUAGAGUAGAGUGCCUAUACUUCUACACAUUGAAUGGAGCCAGUGAAGCCAGUUCAGGCAUCUGAUGAGGAUGCCUCCUGGGUGCCUCUUUUUGGAGGUUUUUCUAGAAUGCCCAUCUGGUAGGGAGCCAGGGUAGACCCAGAAUAUGCUGGAGGGUCUAUGUUACUUGUCUGGCCAGGGAAUGCUUUGGAGUUCUCCAAGAAGAGCUGCAAAGUGUGGCUGGGGGGAGGAAGGUCUGGAGCAUCUUGUUUACACUACAGCAUCCGGGAGCUGGGUCCAGAUAAAAGAAAGAGAAUGGAUGGGUGGGUGGAUGGAUGGAUGGAUGGGUGGAUGACCAUCAGACCCCAGUCCUAUGAUUGUUGCCUUAUCAUGUAAAGAUGGACCCCACAUACUGUGAGAAUCAGUGGUCUGAACAUCUUUUCCAAAACCUGCUGUUCAAGGUGAGAGGCAGAGCAGUGAAGGUCUUAUAAAAUAGUGCUAGAGGCAGAACUGUACUGAUCACAGCUUUCUUAGUGUUGGUGCCUCAUGGAUUAUGUGGGGUGGGCCUUUUGUUUUUGUUUUUUUUAGCCCUGGCCUUUCAAACAGCCUGAGUACACCACUGGUUACCUCCUGUUCCAGUUAUUUCUUGGCUCUGUCUGUGAAAUUAUACCAAAAAAAGACACUAUCAUUGCCUUAUUGAGAAAAUAUCAGUAAAUGUAAAACGGUACAAAAGGACCUCGAUCAAUCUGAACUCAUAAAUAUGGAAGUUUUACUGUCGUAUGUUAACAGAUUAAUGUCCAUGACUAUUACUCACACUUCAGAUGGUGAGGAAGUCUGUUAAGGCACAACACUCAGAGCAAUAACAACAAUAAAAAGGAGAAAAAAAGCACUGCUAUGGCUAUCUCAAGAUUAUAAAGUGCUCUAACAGAGGAGUUUCUUUCUCCCACUCAGUGAGAUGCUUGAGAUUGAGUCCAUUUGUCACCCUUUGGUGCAGAAGAGGGGACAAAGAGGCUUUCAAGAGUCUGAAAGAGUCUCACAAACAGCUGGGAAUGAGCUGUGAUGUUGUGGAGACGCACAUCACACAGCUGCCGAGUCGUAAACAGACUGCAGACGGCUGCUGGUUUUAUGAUCUUACCUUCUUCUCUUUCAAUCUGAUGCCUUUAAUUGCUAUUUGCAUCUGCCAGUGUGUAUGAACCCACAAUUAUUUAAACAAUUUUCCUGAACACUGUUCUCCUUUCUGUCUCUCAGAGGCUCAAUCCAGCGCCAUGAUGUUCGACUGCAUCUACUUGGAGCUCUCCGCCUCCCUCGAUCACGGCACCAAUGAGCUGUUGGAGGCUGCAGUUCGGACUGCAAGGGGUGAGUGUGUGGGCCCUGGCUGGACCGAUGGUGACCCUGGAGCGGCCCGCAGGGAGAGCCUAACCAGCCGUGCGAAAAGGUUCCUGGCCGGGCUGGUGCCACGCUCAUAUGGACGAGACCGGGAUCGAGAUAGAGGCCGCUACCGGGAAAUGAGCCGCCACCGGGGCAGCAAGAUCCUCCGCCAGAAGUCUCGCUCUUGCCACGACCUCAGUGCACUGUGA